GCUGCUCUUUCGCCUUCGAGGGGCGGUCCUGGUUCCCUCCGCCGUGGGGAUUGGCCGCAGAGUGAGCUCUGCCAACUGGAAAACGACGGCUCAGCCUGUCUGUCUUGUGGGGAGCAGCGGGAGCGGGGUGCACAUUGGGAAGGAAAGAGCCUCGGCUGGCCGAGCCACCAGCUCCUGAGACAGACAGAGAGAGAAGAAGCCAUGCUCCGGGGAGCCCUGCGGUCGCUCCCGCCAAAGCUGUGGGGCAGGGAGCCCGCCUUCUCGCUCCCUGCUCGGCCUUUUGCCUGCAGCCCGACCACUGAAAGGUGGUGAGUCCAGCUUCAGGCUCUUGCCUCCACUUCUUCUCUCGCCGCGUUAUACUCUAGUCUGGCCUCAAAUAAAGGCUGAUUCUGUGUGCAUAGGCAGCCAAGCUGCUCUGUGGUGUUGGUGGUUGUGUAAUUUGUCCCAGACCCGAGACUGGGAAGUUUUGGGGUGCUCCUGACUUAAAAAGGGAUGUUUUUCCUAUUUCGUGAAAUUGGUCUGAGGCAGAGAGACUUUGGGUUGCGUUUUACAUGCGUAAAAUUAUUAAAACAUAGCAGGGCGAGGAUGCACUUAAUUACACCUGAACAAAUUUAAUGUAGAUCCUGUGAGAAGUCAAAUUAAUAUUUAGUUACAUUUUUAUUGUAUUGUUCCUUCACAGAGUUCAGGGUAGCAUACAUUGUUCUUUCAUCUUCACAACAGCGGAGAAAAACUCACCCCUUUUUCACCUGGGAAGCUUUGUGGUUGAAUAAGGAUUGGAACCCAGGUCUUAAUGUCCUAAGUCAUUUCUAAAAGACCGCUUGCCUUUGAUCCAUUAUUGGCAUACUUAGAACUCUACAAAAUUGCCCUUUUCUCCUCCAACAGUGUCUGUGGAGGUGUUUUUGGGGUGCAUUUGUAUGCAUCCUGUUGUAGCCCAUACUCUGUAACUCCUAUGCAGGUGUGAAAUGCCUUAGCUAAAAAGGUAAAUACUUUCUCCGAAAUCCUUGCAUGUUGGUGACACUGAGAUGUCCCUCCCUCUUCCCACAACUAUAACCUUUCUGUUUAGAGAUCAACCAAAAUUAAGAAAGGUCCAUUCUGUGUCCAUUCCCACAUGGUGUAUUAUUAAUACACACUGAAAGGUAAAACACAACUGAAGACUUUUGAACAUUAAAUUGGUGUACCUCAGCUCAAUAUGGAAGUUGCCUUUAGGGUGAAUGUGCCUGUGAAUGGUUGUGAGUAGUGAACAGUGGUGGCUGCUCCUCCUCACUUGAGCUGGUAGAACAGUGGGCAGGGCAGCUAACAGCAACUGGAGCUAGGGAUAAGCAGAGCCAGAGGUCACAAGAGGCAAGCUCACUUAAUCCAGAAACACACACUGGGCACUUCUAGACUGUCGCCAUUGUAUAACCUCCCUGCCAAAAGAAUAAGAACGAAUGCUCAAUAAAUAGCUCCAUAAACAUGUACAAACAGACAGGGCCAGCCCAAUACACUUUGGAACCUGAGGUGAACCACCAAAUGGUGCCCUCCUCCCCACCAAGAAAAAUGGGGUGAUUGAAGACCUACAUCAGGAACAAAGAAGGAAUAAAGAUCUACAUCAGGAUCUGCUGCCACCUGAGGCAGUCAUCUCACCUGUCCUCAUGGGUGAGCUGGCCCUGCAAACAAAGCAGGAUGAAAGCUCAAUAAGUAGGUUAUAUGGAAGCAAAUACAGACUUGAUACAUACACAAGUGAGUGUGUGGCAGGGGAAGAAAGCAAGACUGGAGACUCGGAGAAGGACAAAUGGAGAUGUUGAAGGCAGGCAGGGUUCUGCAGGCAGGUUCUGCAUGGCACUGCAAGAAAGUGAGUCUUUCCCUCCAGCAUGGAAACCAAAAAUCUUGCUGUGGCUCAUUGCCUCUGCUUCAAACAAAAGUGGCACAACCUGCCUGCUCUUUCUGCUGCUUCCUACCCAGUGUCUGGAAUGGUAUGUUAACUAAGCUCCUCUCAGAUUUGCAGCAACGGCAGCAGCAGUGUGAUUAGCUGAAAGCAUUCUGAGUGAAUCCUCGUUUCCCAACCUGGAUAAAAUGGGAGGGGAAUAUUUUGAAGCGCUCUUAGUGGAUUGGUAGUGGGUGUCAUUCUGAAAGGAACAGUGUUAUGAAUAGAAUUAUUGAAUUGUAGAGUUGGAAGGGACCAUGAGGCUCAUCUAGUCCAACCCACUGCUAUGCAGGAAUCUUUUGCGCAACAUGGGGCUCAGACCCACAACCCUGAGAGUCUCAUGCUCUACCAGCUGUGCUAUGAUUUUGCACAAGUGCAGCAAAUGUCUCAUAAUUGGCUAGCUGUUUUCAUUCUCUAGGAAAGAAGGGAAUUUGAUUUUCAUUCUCUAGGAAAGAGGGGAAUAUGAUAAUUUAUUUAUUUAUUUUUAUAUAAUUUAUUUUUUAAACUGAGGCUUCUUUCACUCUGCUAUCUUAGGGAUGACAAUACACUUCUUGAACUAUUUAUGUAAAAUACAUAAGAAAUACAGUAUAUUAAAAAAGGCAAAGAAGCAAGAUUCCUGUUUCUAUGUUUUUCCUAGGGAAGAAAAACCUUCUACAGAAGCAAGAUGGAAAGAUGCAGCAGAAACAGUAAUUAUUGGAGGUGGUUGUGUUGGUGUGAGUCUUGCCUACCACUUGGCCAAGGCUGGCAUGAAAGAAGUACUUCUGUUGGAAAAGUCUGAACUCACUGCUGGAUCUACAUGGCAUGCAGUAAGGGAAAGUUCUAACAUAUUAAAUAUGAAACAAGCUAUCCAAUUUCUAGUUGCUUAGAUAAUAACAAUUUCAUAAAUUAUAUAAUUACUGUCAUUCUAAAUAUAGCCUUUCGCAACUCAUUAAAUUGUCUCUCAUAAACACAGUGGAAAUUUGCAUAGAGCUGAAACUCAUUAAUUACUGAUGCUUACUAUGGGAGUGUGACAGAAUAGCUCAUCCAUUGCAUGUUUGGCAAUUGAAGUUGGGCCUCGCAAAUGCUACCAUUAUAGCAUGUAACCUAAGCAAGCGGAAGCAGUUUUUUUUAAAAAAAAAACCUAACGUGUUUAGUUACAGCUCCUUGCCAAGGGUGCAAGGGAGCCUAGGUACACCUCUGUGUCUUCUGAAGCAGCAAAAUCCUUCUUGUACCACCUGCAUUUUUCAGGAAGAUUGCUCCCCACCCAUACAACUGAAGCCAAUAGAAGCCUUUUUGCAACACUGGGUUUUUUUUGCGGGGGAGGAACAGCACACAAGGAGGAGAGUUUUAGACCUUUCAUCAUCAGCUGCAACUUCCCUGCAAAAAGAUGCCCCAUGCCACAAUUAUGCAUGAAAAAGGCAAUUAUUGCCUCCAAUAGAGGGCUUUUUAAAAGACUAAUUAUGGAGGGGAGGGGGAAGCAGAGGGAGGAGAGAUCUGCAGGGUGGAUGAAGGGGCCCCAGGGGGUGUAUCUGAACCAUGGGUAGGGAUGUUCAAGAAUUCCUAAGAAAACAGAAACAGGAGUGGCAAUUGGCAGUGUUUGCUUAUUUUCACAUGCCUGGAACAGAAAUCAAUCCAGCAAAUGUGUUUAGCAUUCAGUGUUGUUGUUGUUGCUUUCAGCCUGCAAGCAAUACGUAAUUGAUUACCUUCCCCUCACAUUUUCAUUGUGUUUCCUUUGCAUUGAAAUGAAUGGGGUGGAAUAAUGUAACGACAACAUAAUUUAUAUAAUUAAUUACACGUUAGGUAAUUUCACUACAGUUGACAGCAAGACGAAUAGCAUAGUUUUUGGCAGAUGAUGACUACAAUGGGGUGCAAGCAGCACUGCCUGCUUACAAAUACAGGAAUGGAAAACAACGCCUUCUUACAUCACUACGCAUAGACCAGCAAUUCCACAUCUCUGAAAGUGACAGGACUCCAAUGUUUGACCUGAGUUAAUGUUGUAUCUUAAUUCUGCCUCUGCCUCGUUAAGAUUGUCAGGAUUGCAUUGAAAGGUGAAAAACCCUUACACUGAUUUAAUGGAGAGAGGAAGACCAUUUGGCAAGGUUCCCUGCAUAGACUAACCAUAGCAUUCACAGAAAAACAAUCUAUUUAUAUUUCUGUAGUUAUGCAAGGCAUUCUGCUCCAUGCGAGAAUUACAGAUUAGUAGCUGGAUCCAUAUUACGCAAACUGUGCAGUGACCUAGCUAGUUACCAAGAAGAAGUUGUUUUCAGUAGCUUGCAGCCUCAGGGUAAUCCUAGAUAUCAUAUCGUGUGUCAGUGGUGGUGUGGGAGUCAUAAAGCCACGGCAAAGGCUUGUAAUAUUGCAGGGUGCCCCCUGACCUCGGCUGACCAGCACUCUGAGCUUUACAAUGUAUUGGAAUGUAUUGACCUUAAAUGGAGUUGUGUUUCCUCUGGGCAGUGAUGACCUUAUAUGGUUUGUGGGUGGGUUAAAGCCAUGACCGGAUGUAGGUAAUGUGAGACAUUGGCAAACGGCCAUGCGGCUGGAGAGAGAAAAAGGAUAAUAAAAAAGCUACGGGAGGAGAGAGAAGUUUGAAAGGAGCUGCUCAUACCAUCCUGAAAAUAUUGCCGGCUCUCUGUGUCUUUAUUUUAUGCUAAACUGCGCCAUUUGUAACGGCUGGCUCCGACAUGGUGGUGGCUGUAGUAAAGCCAAAUUAGACAUUACAAACAUGUACCGUAUCUGCUGAAGUGGUAUACAUUUCUAGUCACCUUGCAUAUUCAUAUACUAUUGUAAAUUAUCAAAGUAGCACUUGAUAGGCUUUAUGAAAUAUAGUGACUCUUUCUCAAAUUUUGUGCGCAUAGUUCUGCACAGUGUGUCCUCCCAAGACCCAAGUUGCCUAAGUUCCUUGAGCAUUUGAUGCUGUUCUCAGCAUUUGAUUCUCAAGCUGUGUUGAUGUGCUUGCCAUUGAAGUUUUAGGCUGAAAUCAGAUACACACUUAGCUGGGGGUAAGUCGCAUUGAACUCAGUGAAUUCACUCAGUGUUAACCACUUAAGUGAUUAUGAUUAGAUGAGCUUCAUAAUUAAAGCUGUUGCAAACUUUGAGAAAACUCAAGUCUUUCCAAGAAUUUUCUGAGACUGCUCAGAAGAUGCUGGGCCCAGUGGAGCUCUCCAUUAGCUCUCUUUUAUCGCGAAUUCUCCAUCCCAAACUUACGCAUCAAAGUGGUGAGGGAAUUGGUCUAGGUUGGCAAAGCCUAUUGCAGAUGUUUUGAAACACUCCUGCAGUAUUGAUAUCACUGAGGAUAUUGAUCAUAGAAGUACAGGCAGCACUAACUAGUAUGAUACAGACAGCACUAGAGCAGAAUUGUAGUAAGGCAUUCCUGUAAGGUAGAGAUGACUGUGCUGGUUAUGAACUAUGUUGUGCUAGAAUGAACAUAUUUCUGUGCCAUUCGUUUCCAUCCAUAGCUUUGGCCAAAGGAUAGGAUCAGAUUUUUAGACAGACAAUAAAUUGAACUCCCAGAAUUAUGCAGCUUAGAUUUGCAGAAUGCAACAUACAGGGAUUAUUUCAUCUUUCAGUGAAGUAUGCAAAGUGUAGCCUAUAUAAGAAUACUGUUUUUAGUCUUCCUAUGCUCAUGCUUAUGCAGCUGAUGCACAAGAGAGAAGUAUAGCUCUAAGGUAUGAACAAGUAAAAGAAAUCUGAUGGAAAGAAAAACCUUAAGAGGGAAAAUCCUUACCUCUGCCUCGCCCCCCCAACCCAGCUCCAUAAUAAUUCAGUGGCAUGGAACAUUGAGGGACUAAGAGGGGGGAAACUGGGUGGAAGGAGAAUAGAGUAAAAUGGCUAGAACUGAGAACAGAGAAGCAUAGAUACAUAGAAGGAACCGUCUCAAUGUUCAGCGUUCUCAAUGUUCUCAUGGAGAAGCUCUUUUUCAUUGUUCCCAGGGGUGGAAGAGAGAGUUGCUCAUAGAUGGAGCAGCUGGAACCAUGGACAGGAGCAUUCAACACUGCAAUGUUUUGUUGAAGACACCCCCAUUUGUAUCCUUUUUUUUUUUUUGGUUCUUUUUUAAAAGGCAGGUUUGACAACGUAUUUCCACCCUGGAAUAAAUCUGAAGCAGAUCCAUCACUACAGCAUCAAGCUUUAUGAACAAUUAGAAGAUGAGACUGGACAGGUGUGUAUCUUUAAAUAUAUUUAUUACAGAUCCAAAAUCUUGUGACAUACAGCAUUUUGCACAAAGCAAGAACAUUUUGCAUGCUUGGGGUUGUUUAGCAACUUUAGAAACUCCCUAAUGAUUGCUCCCAGCGGCUUCAUGUAGAUUUUAAAUAGCACUGAAGACAACAUAGUGCCCUGUGGCACACUAUAGCUCAAAAGCCAAGGGGCUGAGGUCUAGAUAAUUCUCCAGGAAUUAUAGCAGCUGCAUCAACCACAACCCUCUCAAUACCUCCCCCCAAAGGGGGUAUUUGUGACCAGGUGGUAGUUGUUAAAUAUUGUUGAGUCUAGGGUGGGUUUUUACAGUGGUGGCUGCACUAUUCCUUUCUUCUUUCCACCUCCUCCUCAUACAGAGACCCAUUCACCACAUCCUGAACUCACCCAGUCUUAUCCCCCACCUUGCUAGCCUUAAUCAUCCAAGAAGGGCAAGGGUCCAAAUGGUAUGUCAUUGGGCGCAUACAUGCAGAGGUGUACCCAGGCUCCCUUGCACCCUUGGUCAAGAAUCUACCCUGGCUAUUCCAACAAUUUAAUCUUUGCUAGACCCAGGAAUUAGAAGUGACUCAGGGAUACAGGCUAACGUCUCCCCACCACACAAACUUACAAUUCUAUGAUAAUGGCAAUUUGUCAGUGCCCUCUUAUUCAACUUCAUGAAGAUGGAGCGGCAAAUAAUUUCCCUUGUUUUGUUUUAAUGAUUGGUUUUAUUGUUUGCUACUUUGGAAAAUACUAAUGGGCGUUUAAAAAAUAUGUUUGAACAUUAAAGUAUGACUUGUCUUAGAAUAAUAGAAUUGUAGUGUUGGAAGGCGCCCUAAGGGUCAUCUUGUCCAAACUCCUGCAAUGCAGAAAUCUCAACUAAAUCAUACAUGUCAGAUAGCCAUCCAGCCUCUUAUUAAAAACUUCUGUUUGUCCAUCACUGUCAAACAGUUCUUACUGUAAGAAAGUUCUUUCUGAUGUUCAGAAUCUCCUUUUUGUAACUUGAAGCCACUGGUUUGGGUCCUACCUUCCGGAGCAGGAGGAAACAAGCUUGCUCUAUCUUCUAUGUGACAGCACUAUAGAUACUUGAAGAUGACUGUCAUAUCUCCUCUCAUUCUCCUCUAAUGCAAACCCCAAUCCCUCAACCGUUUCUCAUAAGGCUAUGUUUCCAGACCUUUGAUCAUCCUGGUCGCCCUCCUCUUCACAUGUUCCAGUUUAUUAUUGUUUAUUAUUUUGUUAUUUAUUUCAUUUCUAUACUGCUUUAUAUUUUCAAGAAAAGUCUCAAAGCAGUUUACAGCAUAUUAAAACAUCAAUAAAACAAUCUGAAGAAAGUAAAAUAUAGAGUAUACAGUCAAAGCAACAUAAUUAGCGAAAAACUAAAAUAUUAUCUUAAAGAUUUCAAAAGACAGUGGUACCUCAGGUUAAACACUUAAUUUGUUCCGGAGGUCCGUUCUUAACCUGAAACUGUUCUUAACCUGAAGCACCACUUUAGCUAAUGGGGCCUCCUGCUGCCACUGCACUGCCGCUGCACGAUCUCUGUUCUCAUCCUGAAGCAAAGUUCUUAACCUGAAGCACUAUUUCUGGGUUAGCGGAGUCUGUAACCUGAAGCGUAUGUAACCUGAAGCGUAUGUAACCUGAGGUACCACUGUAAAACAUUACAAAGGAGGUCAACUACAGAAUACAUAUUUAACACAAACAAAGUUAACAAAAAACUUAAGCAUUAAAAAAACCCAUUGCUAAGUGAAGUCAAAUAUAAAAUGCACAUUUAAAACAGCAUAAUGAACAAGAGACUAAAAUAUCAUAAGCAUGACACAGCUGUUUAGCAGGCACAAAAAGAUGGGGCAAAAGAAUCCAGUUGUUAGGGUUUGUUGUCAGGCAUAUCCUUCUUAAAUUGUGGUGCCCAGAAUUAAACAGAAUUGAAAAGAAAACUAAAAAUUAAAGUGGUUAAUCUGUUGAUAUAUUUCAAAUAACUAUAAAGUUAAUUAUAGCAACUCAUUAUUUAUUCUGUAGCCUCUUCUGAAUAUAGACUAUGCCAUGGUUAUCAUUUAGGACUUUAUUGGACUGCUUGUAAGUAUUCUAUAUUGGGAACCUGAUAGUCUUUUUUCUGUUCCUGUUAGGCUGUUGGGUUUCAUCAGCCAGGAAGUAUUAGAAUUGCUUCAACUCCAACGAGGGUGGAUGAGUUUAAAUACCAGAUGUCUCGGGCUGGUUGGCACCCAGCAGAGCAGUAUCUUAUCAAGCCAGAGAGAGUACAAGAAUUAUUCCCUUUAAUAAACAUGGAAAAGGUAAACAAAUUCAAUUAUUUUAUUUCCAAAUGAUGUGAAAUUUAUUUUACAUGCAAAAAACAUGACUAUGAUUCAAUAUCCCUCUUCAAAGUUUGAAGAUUAUUUUGUAGUACACAACUCUAUUAAAUCUUCCUAACAUGAAACCAUUUGAAAGAAGUUGCCUCAGGCAGCAGAUUUUACAGAGGGUGCCAUUUUUAUGUAUCCAAUAUCCAGCUUAGUGUGACAUUUACAGAAUGAGCUUCAGCCUGGGUGAGAGGUCAUUUUGACAGGAGCUACAGGUGCAGAAAUGUUACUGGCAUUCUGCAGGCUGUGCUGGGUACAGAAGCAAGACUCAACUAUUAGGAUUUAUUGCAGAAGGCUCAGCAGCUAACAGUAUUGUAAUGUUCAGUGGAUAUUUGUGAUCUAUUCAAAACCAACUUUAUCAGUGUUUCAAAAAUGAAGCAGAGCAACUUGGACAUGGUAGAAGAAUCCUUUAUUAAUAUGUGUAAAUAUAUUGGUCUCUUGGUUUUACAAAUCCUUGGUAAUUCCUAAGGUUUUGAUCAGAAACAGCCACCAGAUAUUCAGAUGAGGAAACAAAGGACACUUUGAGUAGUUAUGUUGAUCGUCGUGACAGUAACAAUGUAUUGUAGGGGCCAGUGCUUUUUCUCUUAAAAAAAUGUUUAGGGGUACUCUCAUUUUCCUACUCAUUUAAAUACUGCCCCUUGAUGAGGCCAAACUUAGAUUCACAAAAUGUUUAGGGGUAUGUGUACCCUGUCCCCCCCCCCCCAGAAAAAAGCACUGGUAGGGGCCUAUGGGAAUUGUAGUUGAGUGACAUCUGGAAGGCCAAAGGUUCCACACACCUAAAUUGGUUGUAAUUCUGUUCUCCUGAACUGAGUAGUAAAACACCCAUUGGCUGCAUUUCCAUGUCAUUGAAAGCCACCUACACUGUGCCUUACCAUACAUGAGCUGAACCUGUUUCACUCUUUGCAUUCACACUGUUGAGAAACAAACAGUGAACUCUGGCAUUGCGCUUUAUCUGGACUAGGUAUAGGGGUUUGUUUCUCUCCAAGCAAAUACAAGAUUUGUUAUUGGCUUACCAAUUGUGGUUUAUUUGAAUGAAACAAAUCAUAAUCCCUGAUUUGGAAGUAAUACUAAGUAAAGGAUUAUGAUUUUUACAAUGUGUAGGAGAGAAGCAAGUAUGAUCAGUUCAUGUAAAAAAUACAAGAUUUUUGAUCUACUGUUAUGUGUGGAUACAGUCAUUGAUUUUAAUGAGUAUCUUUGAUUAACAUUGAGCUAAGGUGAAUUUCCAUGCUAUAUUUGUUCUUUUUGGUUUUUUGCUGAAACCCUUAGCUAUUUUGUUUUUUCUUACAUCCAGAUUCUGAAUUUCUCUUUCCUAGAAAUUACGGUACACACAAGUCUCCAGUUCCUUGUUCAAAGAAGUCCUAAUAUGAGAUAUCCUCCAUUUCUAACAUGUUGGUUAAGAAAACAUAACAAUACUAACACAGUUUCAUUUUGUUUGACCCACAUAGGUUUUAGCUGGUUUGUACAACCCUGGAGAUGGUCAUAUUGACCCUUACUCACUCACCAUGGCUUUGGCUGCAGGGGCCAGGAAAUAUGGUGCUCAGAUAAAUUAUCCAGUCCAAGUAACUGACCUAAAAUCUAGAGCAGAUGGAACAUGGGAAGUUGAAACUCCACAAGGAAUAAUUCGAGCAAACAGAGUUGUGAAUACAGCUGGUAAGAAAUGAAAUAUAUUUGCAUGUCUUUGGAAAAUUUAAUACCCUAACUAGGCCAGAUGAAGUAGCUCACACUAAACACAGAUUGAGCACAAAAGCUCUAAUGAAUGCCAUGCAGAACGCAAGUGAUAUAUGCUUUGCAUUAGCUAUUUGAUGACCUCCUGGAAGAUAAUUUGGCAUGAAGCAGUGAUCCCCCCCCAAAAAAAUAAUUUUAAUAGUUCCUAGAAUAGCAUGCUUCAUUGCUUAAUGAUUGGAUAAUGUACAUUCCAUGUUAUUAGCAUUCUGGUUUUUAAAAAUGCCGUUAUGUAAGUCUGUGAAUCUCCCUUCCAUGUAUAUUAGUUUAGGACCAGGAUAUGAGAACAGGGCUCCUGCCUGUAGAUUGGCCUUUGACUUUGAAAACUGAGGAAAUAGGCCACACUGUUAGGCAAUUCCAGUCCAAAAUGUCUCCAUGAAUUGUGGAAACACUUGCUUGGCAUUAUAUUAUGUUUACACAUUAGAAACACUUAGAAGAUUAAAAUGGGCUAUGUGCCCAUGUUUCCUGGAAAUAGCUUUUGCCUUUUUAUUGAGUUAAGAUAUUGUUACACACCACCCCAAUUUCCACAGCAGUGCAAGAUUCUAGGGGUGCAGGCGCUUACUCAGGGUUUGUUUCCUUUGGAAAAGAGACAUAGUGGAGACCGUGGUGUCUUUAUGAUAUAUAGUUUAUUUACACAUAUAUACAAUUUGAGCCUAGUAUGGAGGGGUAGACACAGCAUUACACUCCAAGAGGGUCUGGCUUCUCUCAUAGGCACAGUCUUUGGGUUCAAAUGGGCAUCAGAUAUCUUGUCUGUUGCCCUGCAGCUUACCCUUCUCUCCCUGUCGCGUAACUCUAAACUUUGCACUAGGCAGCUGCCUAGAUUGAUUCAGCUUACUGACUGAAAAACCAUUUCCCCCAGAGCACACCAGGGCAAACUGCAAUCCUGGAAUUCUACUACUGGCCUUUGUCCUUCUACCUAUUUCUGAGCUCAGGGAGAGGUUCUCCUUUUUCCAGCUGGCACAGAAUCUCUGCUUUAUUAAUCACCCAUCUCCCUGCCCCAUUUGUUUGCUUAAAGAGUUGGCCAUUAUCAGGCUGACCUGGACAUGGAAAGCUGAGCCCAGCACUUACUAAAUCCAGGCACCCACAAAUUCUAACACCCCAAACCAACAGCAGUACAUUCGGCUCCUAAAUGUAAUGCAGUUCCCAUCAUUUAGAAAAUGACUUAUUUUUGUGUGAGUAAAGGAGUAUUUUAUUUGGUAUUUAUAAUAAUGGGACAAUAACCUUAUGCACAGAAUGCCAGAGGUGGUUUUUUUUUAGGUCUUCCAUUCAUUCACACUAUUUGUGGAAACUUCCUCUUCCCUUUCCCCUCCACAUUACUGCUACUUACCUAGAUGAAUCAGGGGUGAGUCAGGACAUCUGCAAGGUCAGGGCUGCACAGGUACCCCAGCCAAUCCAAUCUCACAGAGCUCCAACCUUGCUGCUGCUCUGCCUCACCCCUACCUGGUAAACAGCAGUGAUGCCAGCGGCCCCAGUCUACUGUUCUGGUCAUUCCUGAUGGUAGUUUUUGCCAGUAAUUGGAAAUUGUUUGUAUUAGGUACUUUUGAAAACAAAAGUUUAAAUUCCUAUUUAUGUAUUAACCAUUUGGCUCUAAUGUAUUAAUGUUUAUAAUUGUAGCAUAAAUACCUCGAGUAAAAAGGUCUGCUCUGAACAUGGGAAGCUGGAACAUGGGAAGCUGCCUUAUAUUGAAUCACAUCAGUGAUCCUGCUAGCUCAGUAUCGUCUGUGUUGAGUAAUAGGCUGCAACAUUACAGCAGAUGGUCAUAGGCAGAGACUGUCCAGGGUUUCAAACAGGGUUUAUUUCCCUGCCCUCCCUGGGGAUGCCAGAAAUUAGACCUCAAAUCUUUUCCAAGCAAACCAUUUACCCUACCACUUUUCACAGUUCCAUAUCAUCAGUACCACCCCAUUUAUUCAGUGCUGAGGAAUAACCUACAACAGUAAAAUGAUUGGCACAGGAACCCAUUCUUGCAGGCACUGCAUGUGACUUGGACCUUUGACAUGCAUGGCACAGUUUCCUCACUGCUAUUUCAUAUAUCUUCUUACAUACUCAGUAAUUAGCAAUGUUUUACUCUUGAGAUGUGAAGUUGUGACAUCUCUUCAGGCUCUUUGAUUUCUUUUUAACUUAUUAAACCAAAGGCAUACUUGUCAAGUUACAAUGUUCAACCAAAGGGAACAUUUAGAGCUGGCAUUGAUUAAUGUCCUGGGUCAGGGUAGGUAAACAGCUAUGAUGUUCCUAAUACUCUAGCAGCCAAUCUUCUUCCUUCCUUCCAUACCCUCCUCUCCAAAAGAAAAUAAUAAUUUACUGUGAGCUUUCAUUCCUGUUAUAUUGCUAAGUUUAUAUUGCCAACUCAAAACAUAGCUGGGUUCAUUAGACAGCCGCUUACCUUUCAACCCCUUUCUUAUCCAGUUGCUCAAUUCAGACAGUACAUUUCACAUUUUCCAAAGCGUGGUCUGGAUAUUUCAUCUGAACUGAAUUAUUCUAUUGUGUUCUGUCUUGUUGCCUCAUUUGCUCACCCCUUCACUGCCUUAUUUACAUACCCUCCUCCAUUUCCUAGCUUUUAUGCUGUUAUUUGAAAUGAUGUUUGACUCAGUAACCCAUGGUUCAUGCUCAUCUCCAAACAGUUUGCAAACCCACUUUGGAAUAUGGUUUAUAAUUAUGGUUUGGGGGCAAUUUGUACAUCAUGGCAAACUAUUAGUAGAGAACAUUAGGAAAGACCAACACCCCAUAUCAGAGAAUAAGGGUACAAGCCUUUCUUAUACUCCCAGCCUCCAAAUCACUGUUUGGAAAUUAGUCCAGAUAAUGUCUGCUGUUUUGGUAUUUGGGCUUAUUUUCAGUUAAAUAAGAAAUUACACACACCAAAUCUCUUGCACAAAUCCUGCCUAGAUCCCACAGCCACUUCUUAUUGCCAACUCUCGCCUGUGGUAUUGGUGCACGGAUAGGAACAACCUCAGUGUUUUGUGAGUGUUCUAGGGAUUGUGGCUCAUUAACUACCUGAUAACUUAUUUCUUCUUUGACCUACGCAAGGUCCUUAUUUAAUGUUAAGUUAUAAAGUGGGACAGAGGGUUUUGUCUCAUUACCAGCUUCCCCUCCAUUCCUCAUCCAUGUUUCACUUUGUCCUUUUGCUCAGCAUAUACUUCAUGAAACUCUUAAUCUUAGGGUUCUGGGUUCAAGCCCCACAUUGGGCAAAAGAUUCCUGCAUUGCAGGGGUUGGACUAGAUGGCCCUCAUGGUCCCUUACAACUCUACAAUUCUAUGAUUCGUGGCCAAGACGAAAUUGGCUGUUAUCAGCAGCAGAUAUUUAUUCUGCUAUUUUAAUCACAGCAGAAAUCUGAGGCAAACCUCAGCCGCAAACAACUGUAUUCAUGGUUAUGCUUGAGAAAUAGGAGCAUUAAUAGAAAUGGGUGGAGUUGAAUGCAAAAAGCUGGACUUAAAAUUUUUUAGAGACAGCCCCCUAAGAGGUGGCCUGUGGUGUUAUCUUAUUCUCAGCACUGUCCAAUACUGUCUGUAGAAACUCUGUGUGCUAUUAGUGGUUAGCUGAAACAGUGGUAGUUUAACUAGAAAAAAGGGUUAGUGGAAUAAAGUAGGGAAAGUGAAAACUACCAAAGCUGUGGUGCCCAUAGAUGAUGCCUUGUUUGCCUCCUCCAACACAGAAAUAAAAUUUCUCUCUACAGGCAACCUCUGCCAUCCUGAAGCAACAUUCCCACCAAAUGUAGGCAUUCUGUUUAUUUUUCCCGUUUGGAAAACAUGAUGAUCUUUGGCAUAAGGAGGAGUCCUCCAAUGAGUUGUCUCUUUGUUCCACACUAGUCCACAAACAGUUCCACACUAUUGAAUCAUCUCCUUGUUUAAGUAAUAUUCUGCUUUUAUUAUUAAAACUCCUCUUCCAAGGUUCAUAAAUAGUUACAUACACAAAAACUUGACAUCGUUCCCAUAUGAGGAAGUUGCAGCUUGGUUGCAGGGAGAGACAGUAAUGAAAUUUGGUUCCCCUCCCACAAAAGCUUCCUAGCAUUAAGCUCAAGUUGACUGCAGAAGGGCAGGGUUUAGAAAUAUGAGAUAACUGGGAUGAGCAGGAGAGCAAUUUCUGUAUUAUAAGCAGCAGAUAAAAUCAAGGAGGGGAGAGAAGAGAAGGAAUUACACAAGAGAGAGAGAGGUAAUGAAGAGGAACCAUAGUAGCAAAAAUUUCAGAGGUCAAGGAAGAUGCUAGGAAUGGUUAACUGGUUUGCAGGACACAGACAGAGAGAAACUAUCUUCAACCUUUCCCUAUGCUGAGUAGGGAGUCCUAGGUUUAACAGCUGAGAUCAGCAGUGGUUCAAAGCCUUAACUUCUGAUGUAAGAGGGGAUUGAGAAUACACUCAUCAGCAAGAUUGUUCCUUUAGAUUCUAAGUAUUCUGUUCUAAUACUUUCUGUUCUUUGUGUUUUCUAGGUUUCUGGGCUCGUGAAAUAGGGAAAAUGAUUGGAUUGCCCCAUCCACUCAUACCAGUUCAUCACCAGUACAUUGUUACUGCAACUAUUCCUGAAGUGAAAGCCCUUAAAAAGGAAUUUCCUGUGAUUCGUGACCUAGAAGGUUCAUAUUAUCUAAGACAAGAAAGGGAUGGGAUUUUAUUUGGCCCAUAUGAAAGUCCAGAAAAAAUGAAACUACAGGAAUCCUGGGUAAAAAAUGGAGUCCCGCCAGGUAAUUUUGCUUGAAAAAUAACCUCAGGCUUUAGCUGCAGUUAUAUUAUUGUCAUAAUCCUAGAGUAGAGGCAGAGUUCUCUGGCAAAUGCAGGCUCAGAGAGGAGAUGGCUCCUUUCCUUGGUUUGAUGCAUGUGUGUUCAUGGGCAGCAGACACCCCCCCAUGGUACACCCCCCAGGAGCCGCCUCUGCCACCAGAUUCUGGUGGCUUGUCCAUAGACUCCUUGGGGAUCAAGAGAGCUGGAAACCAUAUUCCCCAAUGGCUGCAGCAGAAGGCACCUUUAACAAGUUAGGAGGCAUCACUUAGUGGGUAAAGCCUCUAGUCAAUAACUACCUAAAGGUAAAGGGGACCCCUGACCAUUAGGUCCAGUCGUGGCCGACUCUGGUGUUCCGGCGCUCAUCUCACUUUAUUGGCUGAGGGAGCUGGCGUACAGCUUCCAGGUCAUAUGGCCAGCAUGACUAAGCCGCUUCUGGCGAAUGAGAGCAGUGCAUGGAAACACCUUUUACCUUCCUGCCAGAGUGGUACCUAUUUAUCUACUUGCACUUUGACAUGCUUUCGAACUGCUAGGUUGGCAGGAGCAGGGACCGAUCAAUGGGAGCUCACCCCGUUGUGGGGAUUCGAACUGCUGACCUACUGAUUGGCAAGUCCUAGGCUCUGUGGUUUAACCCACAGCGCCACCCGCGUCCCCAGUAACUACCAACUCUGCUAUAAAACCUAGUCAGUUGCUCUAGGUCCUGGAUGAGACAACUGGGAUAUUUGGAUUCAGCAAUGGGAACACUGUCCAUGGGCCUGAACCCACACCUUUGAGUCUUUCUAAGCUACUUUUGCUGCUCAAAACUUCCAACCUCCCAUUGCUUGGGCCAUCACACCUCCUUGGUGGUGGGGAUCUUCAUGAAUCACAAUCAUGGGAUAAUAGCCCAGUUCUGCUAAUUAGUGCUAUCCUUUGUGUAGAUCACAGUGGUACUAUUUUUGUCAUUGCACUGAUGGUUGCAGCCAGAUACAGUUACUGAUACAGGGACAAAACUUUAUACCAGUUCUGUGAAUGAAACUUUAGUGGCACUGGUGAAGUGUGGAAGGCCAUGGCUGCAAAUUGCAUGUCUGCAUCUGGGUCUUUUGUUGCAAAUAGCAUGGAGAUCAUGAACAUACCUGUGUGUCCCCCAGAUGAAGAAAGUAGCAUUUGGUGGACUGGGGAGGGGGGGAUAGAUGUCUGAUGAACUCCAUGUAGGCAUGUCUUUGCAUCAGUAAAAUAGAUAAAAAGAAUUGUAUUAAAUAAAUGCCAAAUAUUUCUUGCAUUGUUUUAUGCGAUGGGAGGUAGAAAUUAGUUUAUUUUCAGAUGCAAGAUACAGCUAGGUGUAUUGUUAUUUUUGCAAGAUACAGGUGGCGCUGUGGGUUAAACCACAGAGCCUACGACUUGCUGAUCAGAAGGUUGGCGGUUUGAAUCCCUGUGAUGGGGUGAGCUUGGUCCCUGCUCCUGCCAACCUAGCAGUUCGAAAGCACAUCAAAGUGCAAGUAGAUAAAUAGGUACCACUUCAGCGGGAAGGUAAACGGCGUUUACAUGCGCUGCUCUGGUUCGCCAGAAGUGGCUUAGUCAUGCUGGCCACAUGACCCGGAAGCUGUAUGCCGGCUCCCUCGGCCAGUAAAGUGAGAUGAGCGCCGCAACCCCAGAGUCGGCCACGACUGGACCUAAUGGUCAGGGGUCCCUUUACCUUUACUUUACAGCUACAAAGUUUAGGUUUCACUAAUGCAAAUUAUCAAGCUCACCACUUGUUAGAAUUAAUUGAAUUUAUGUUGGCAAAGACGUUCGGUGACUGGAAUCUGUGAGUGACUAUUAUAUAUAUGUAUGUUACACAUGCAUAUUCAUAAAGACAAAGAGCCUUUCUGGCAUCAUUAACUUGUUCUCAGAUUUCCUAUAUACGGUAAGCCUGUCUUUCACUUUGUGCUCUUCAAGGGGGCAGAUGGGGAUUCUCAGCAUACAACUCCUAUCCUGCAACAUUUGUGUGUAUCCUGAAAAAAUAAGCACUUUGUUUUGAUAUCAGCGCAGUGUGUAACUAAAGAGCUUUUGGAAUUUGAAAAUAACAAAUGCUUGACUCAAAACCUUUUUUUCUAGGAUUUGGGAAGGAGCUUUUUGAGUCUGAUUUGGACCGAAUAAUGGAUCAUGUUGAGGCUGCUAUGGAAAUGGUCCCAAUCCUAAAGCAAGCAGACAUUAUCAAUGUAGUUGCAGGCCCUAUAACAUAUUCUCCAGAUAUCUUGCCUAUGGUGGGGCCACAUCAGGGUGUUCGAAAUUAUUGGGUGGCUAUUGGUUUUGGGUGAGUAAAUUUAUCUAUGGUUAGGAGAAACCUUGUAAAUGUUAAAUUUAUACUUAUACGUCUGUCUUCACUGGGUCCCAGAUGGUAUCUACAUGAGUUUUUAAAGAACUGUCUGAUCUUGCUUAACAUAUUUCAUCAUGACGUAAAAGCCAAGGUUAUCAUGCUGUUACAGGGAAAACAGAGCAACAACACAAAUUUAAUUCCAGCCAAAUGUAGCUGGAACUCAAAUGUUUGUUCUGUUGCUGUAAUCACUUACCGUAUUUUUUGCACCAUAACACUCACUUUUUUCCUCCUAGAAAGUAAGGGGAAAUGUCUGUGCGUGUUAUGGAGGGAAUGCCUCUGGGUGGCAUGCCUACGGAUUUUCCUCUUCUAAAAACUACAUGCGUGUUAUGGUCGGGUGCGUGUUAUAGAGCAAAAAAUACGGUAAUCUUUAGUUCAAAGCCUAACUGGGCUUUGCCCGGCUUUCAUGCACCUUACAUAUUUAUUUUUUGUACUUAUACGUAGUCAGCCCUGUCACUGAAUUGGCCCAGGGCCGGUUACAAAAGAUCUCAGGUAUAAUUUAGCUUGAAAUCAUAAAAUAACACAAAGCAAACAAAUGAUAUAAUUAACAAAUGAGCACACUGUCCCAUCUUAAAUUCCAGGCUGCAUAAGUGUUCCAGAUUUUUAACAAGUCUAACUUUCCAGUAAUGAGAAAGCACCCCCCCCCCCCAAAAAAAGGUCAUAGAGAAGAUAAUAAGAAGUGAGUUUAUAGUCCUCAAAGGUUGUACUGAAAUGUUAUGUGAAAUAAGCUCGUGGGGGAAAUGUCUAUCUCUUCUUCUUUCCCCAGAUACGGCAUCAUCCAUGCUGGUGGCAUAGGAAAGUAUCUCAGUGACUGGAUACUCAAUGGGGAGCCUCCUUUUGAUCUAAUAGAAUUAGAUCCAAAUAGGUAUGGGAAGUGGACCACUCCAGAAUUCACGGCAGCAAAAGCAAGAGAAUCUUACGGAUUUAACAAUAUUGGUAAGAUGUAAUUUCCCCCAUAGAAAAAUAAAUAAAUUAGCAAUUGAGUAGAGAAUUCUUGUGCUGGUUUUCUUCACCUUCCCCCCACCCCCAGACUAAUGGAGAGCAGGGCUUUGCCUUGUACAGUGGUACCUUGGUUUAUGAACUUAAUCUGUUCCGGAAGUUCGUUCUUAAACCAAAGCGUUCUUAAACCAAGGCGUGCUUUCCCAUAGCAGUGGGGGACUCAACAGGAAGCGGAACAUGUUCUGCUUCCAAGGCAAAGUUCACAAACCAAAACACCUACUUAUGGGUUUGCAGCAUUUUUAAUCCAAGUUGUUCAUAAACUAAGCUGUUCUCAAACCAAGGUACCACUGUAGUUUGCUGGGACAUUGUCAGGCAUGCAGAGUCCUCCUUUCCCUUCGGUAACUUCACAGACAAGAAUGAAUGAGCAGUUUAUAUUUUAUAGUCAUUUUUAUGCAGUCAUCUGGUUGCAAGCAAAAAUCCACAUCUGUCAGGAGUGUGUACAGGAGCCAGGCCCUGUGACCGGUAGGGCUUUGCAGGACUGGGGCUUUUCUAAGUUUGUUCUGCAGAGGCAAGGCGCUGCCGCACAGGUGAGGCCGAUUGGUAACUCACAGCACCUGGUGGCAAGAGCUGGGAAGGGAUAUAAGGUCAGCAUUUCCCUUUGGCUCUUUGCCACAGCAACACGCUUCCUGCCUUGCUGUGUGUGGCUUCUUGACUCCUUGCUUUCUGAACCUUGGACCCUUGACUCCCGGCUCUCUGACCCUCAGACCCCUGGCUUCCAGACUCCCGUUCCCGCCCCACCGUCUUGCCCCCGGUCCCGACGUCCUCUGCCAGGACCUCGACCACCUGUAAACCGGACCGUGACAACAUCUCUCCACAAGGAGAGCAGUUGGCUACUCUCAAUCUUCCCCUUUCUGUCCCCAGCAACAUCCUGGGAGCCAACAGAAAGUUCCUCCUCCUCUCUGCAUUCUUUGUUCUCUAAUACGGACGGACCUCCUAGUUGUUUUGGGAGGGAGGGUCCCCCACACUCUCUAAUGACGUCUCUGCUGGCUGUUCCCUCCCUUCUGUUUCUCUUUCCAUUAUCUUGUAACUAGGCAACUCCUGUUGAAACUGCUCAGUGUCUGUGUCUCUCUCUGCUCCUGAAACCACCGGAAAUGGGUGUGGGGGGUUGAAUCCCCCCAUCUCUGCCUGAGAAUGCAUUCCUCACUCCUCUGAUUCAGACCAUUCUCUGACAUCCAGCUUACACUGUACUGCUUACCUUGCUUAUUUUAUUUCCAUCAUUAUGAUAUUUUGCAGCCUGCAAAGUUCUUCAAAAGCAUUAUCUGUAGCUACAUGAAAAAUACUCUGUGUACAUGUGCAAUAAGUGAUUCAUUGUCAUAUCUUUUACCAUGUUGAUUUUGUUUUUGCUUUUGUUUUGCAGUUGGCUAUCCUAAAGAAGAAAGAUUUGCCGGGAGACCCACAGCGAGAGUCAGUGGGCUUUAUGAAGUCCUUAAGUCGGAAUGCUCAAUGGGAUUCCAUGCAGGAUGGGAGCAGCCUCAUUGGUUCUACAAACCUGGGGAUGAGAUUGGAUACAAGUAAAUGAAAAAUAUUUAUUGAUUGUUCUUUUGUGCCAAAUUAAUAGCAUUAGCAAUAUUAUGUUCAGGGUUGUCAAAAUAAAGGAUUGCGAACCGUAGUCUGAAACAUAGCAUCACUGUUCAGUUGGUCAAAUGCGCAUUAAGAGGAAGUGGUAUCAUUCAUUCAUUUAAUAAAAUUUAUGCACUACAUUAUUGGAGAAAAACUUCGAAGCAGUUUAAUUGGUAGCAGUUAUAAUAAAGAGGGAUAUUUUCAUGUUUUUACAACACCAAGUGCAAGGCCAAUGGUUAGGGAUGACGUGAAAACCCCUCCUGGUGGUGCAGCAAUAAAACUGCUAGUGCAUUUGCAAAGCUAAGCAGGGUCCAGUAUGGUUUCAAAUUGGAUGGGGGUUGGACUAGAUGACCCUCGGGUUCCCUGUCAACUGUACACUUCUGUGAUUCUGCACUCUCAUACAUAGGUUAUGAGAGCAGUAUGCAUAUUCACUGAGGCCAUCUAGAGAAGGACAGCACCUGGAAGAGUAUGAAGAAGAGCAGAAGCCACUGUUCCACUGCUGCUGCUGCUUUGCACAGCAGCUUUGGUGACCCCGCCAUGUAAAACAGCAGCGGGGCAGGAGGUUGCUUUCCUCCUCAAUGCCAUCUCUUUUCAGGUGCUGCCCAAGGCAGCUGCCUCAUCCCACCUCAUUCAUGGGCUGGUCCUGCAGAUGGUUCAUAUGUUGGUUUAGAUGUGCGGUUGGUGGCUUACAGAAAGCAUAAUCCCCAUUACGUUUCCAUUGUUAAAUUUGUAUGAGUAUAGGCAUAUUGCAGAUAUAUAAGCAUCCAUGUAUAUGUAAUGGGUGUGGUUUGCUGCCGUGAUCCCACUCAAUGGCUCUUAUUAGAUUUCACCUUUAAUCUUCAAAACAUACUAUAAGAACUUGUGAUAAUCUCCAGCUGAUAAUGAAAUGCAAAACAACAAAUGGCAACAUUAAAGAUUAAUUCACUGGCGCUAUUGGGGUGGGGGUUUUUUUUGGGGGGGGGUAACUUCAAAUGAAAAAGUUAUCAAUCUAAAAUAGUUCUUCCCUCCACAUAUGCUUAACCCUUUUGUAUAAGAAACAGAAACAGCAGAAAGUCUCCUACAGUUUUACUGGGGAGGUAUGUUGGGACUCCAAGUACCGUAUUUUUUGCUCUAUAAGACUCACUUUUUCCCUCCUAAAAAGUAAGGGGAAAUGUGUGUGCGUCUUAUGGAGCGAAUGCAGGCUGCGCAGCUAUCCCAGAAGCCAGAACAGCAAGAGGGAUUGCUGCUUUCACUGCGCAGCGAUCCCUCUUGCUGUUCUGGCUUCUGAGAUUCAGAAUUUUUUUUUCUUGUUUUCCUCCUCCAAAAACUAGGUGCGUCUUGUGGUCUGGUGCGUCUUAUAGAGCGAAAAAUACGGUAACUUUAAGAGUCUAUCCAUGUAAUGAUGACCGAAGUUUCUAUGUCAUGCUUACUCUUGUACUGUGUUGCAUUUAUAUUCUGCACUUCUAUACAGUAAUAGCACCUGCAUCUGUGGAGUUCCUAGUUUUUGUCUAUAGAAUGCAAUAAUUAAUAAUUUUUAAUGUAAAACAUCCACUCAAUGGAGUUGAGCAGCAUUUGUAAUUAAAUUAAACAUUAACCGAAAGUUACAGUUAGGGAAACUAUUGAUAAACUUGCCAAAAUAAGGUAUGCCUAUGAUUUUUCAGUUUCAUUCCCCUUCCCUACUUGUCCAAAGGGGCUGGUAGAUGAAAAGAAAGGGAGAGGGCUACUUACAGUUAAGUUGAAAAUUACUAGGCACUUUUUUUAUUAAAAAAAAUGCACUUAUUAUUUUUCUAGGCCAAGUUUUCGACGUACAAACUGGUUUGAACCUGUGGGCCGUGAAUAUAAGCAGGUGAUGGAAAAAGUGGGUGUGAUUGAUCUCACUCCAUUUGGCAAGAUUAGCAUCAAAGGCAGUGAUUCUGCUAAAUUUUUGGACCGUCUGAUUGCAAAUGUGAUCCCAAAGGUAAAUGGAAACGUAACAGCAAUAUAGGUCUUAGAUUAGUUUUAAUAUAUGCUGAAAAUAAGUUUAUAGUCCUACUCAUAUGAAGUCCCAAUUGUACUGAGCCUAAGAGUGGUAAGGAAGUAGGAUUACAUCUACCUCCACCUUCCUGUGUGCACUUGGCCUGACCUGGAUCAACCUCAUACCCAUGCUAUAGAUAUAAUGUUGGACUGGAGUCUAUACAUUUCACAUAUGUCCACCUUGUGGAAUCUGCAUGCCUUGAAAUUAAGUUGCGCAAAGAUUGCAGGAAUUGGAGCUAAACAAAUUAGAUGCUAUGCACCUAAGCCUCAUUUAAACAUUACCCCAAAUUGACUUCCGGGGUGGCGCCAUCAGCAAUGGCGGACUCCCUCUGAUCUGGAGGGACUAGCUCCACGCGAAAUGGGUCUUUUCCGCUACGGCGAAGCGGGGACCCUUUCAAAAAUCACAGGCAGAUGAAGCCUGUGACCAUGGGACUCGGCGGGCACCUUUAGCGCCCCCCCAACCCGCAAAAGAACCCACUAACGGGCUCCGGAGCGAAGAGGGGGAAGUGGCGCAGUGCUGAGAGUCAACUGCUUCUUCCGUGGAGCGAAGCCGCACAGCUGUUGCCGGAGAGCGCUGCCUUUUUCCUGGGACAAUUUGGCUUCUAAAAUAAUCACCCGUGAGUACUUAAAUUUCGGACAAUUGGACUUUAAAUAAGGACUUGCGAGCAGAAAGGAAAAUUGGACUUAAAAGUUUACCUCAAUUUGGCACUGAAACGGGAAGGUCUAAACAGGAAGUCAGCCUUCCGUUUCUUUGUAGAUAGAUUAAAGCAAAGACAUGGCCCUAGAGCUCAGAAAAUCGCUUGUAAAAGAUUAACUUUCAUCAUUUAAAAUUGUUGAACCCCCCUUCGGAAGCAGGAGAAGAGGGGGGAUUUUUUCGGACUGUUUAAACCUGCAGAAGUGAGUGUAAAGUAAAGUAACUUUCCACCGUCCUGAUCCUGGAUCAGGACUGACGUUUUUUGAAGCUCAUUGACCCGAGCCAAACAUUUUUGACAGAUAGCUAUAAGAAGAGAACAUUGAUUCCAUUGUUCCCUUCACAUUUUAAAGGAACAAAUAUUGACAAAAUAUCUGAAAAAGGAAACUUUGUUGUUAGACUUGUCUUUAAAAGAAAGAACAAAUAGAAGUUUUCCCCUAGAGGGAGACUGUGAAACUGUAACCAACUCCGGGGAGCUUGCAGCUGUUACAGAUUACAAUCGUGGGAAUAGACUUCUGACCUUGCAGGACAAUGUAUUCAGAAGCUCUGUUGCGUGCUUUCUGUAAAACAAAUGCCCUACUGGAACAGCUACAUGAGAAGACGGACUUGAUGACUGAUGCGAUCAGAAAUUUUGAACAGGCAGUGGGAAAUUAUACGGAGCCCACCCAGGAAUUAAAUCAGGAGUGUGCCCUGACAGAACAGAGGAGGGAAGAGGAUGUUGCUGAAUCUUGGGCGCCAGAGAUGAAGGGAGCUGUGGCCCAGCAGGAACAUGAGCUUUUGGACUUGACAAAUGAACUUGGAAAAAGCCAGAUUUGGAAAGAUAAAGUUUGGUUUGGUUUGGAAAUGGGGGGUUGGAUAGACCCCCCUAUGCAGGGAUGUUUGGACCUUUCAAGUCUGGCAAUGGGCCGUGAGAUGUUUGGGGUUGUGGGGGCUCUUAAUUUUGGAGGGAUUUUGAAACAUGUUCUUAAAUACCACAUGGAGUUUAGUGUGGACUAUGGAAAAGGGGCUGAUUUGUCGAGAAGGGUCAAAAACAUUGUUAAGCUGGAGUUCCCAUGAGUGAAAGGAGCAGGAGACAAAGGAAAAUACAGUUAUAAAUAUGAAGAAGAGCUGCGGAAGGGACAUGGAAGAGACUUAAGGGCCUCGGAUACAAGGUUACCAGGUUAAUGCGCUAGAUCGAUGGGAUAAUAAGGACUGACAAAACCCGGGACCAGGAGGAAGGGACGCUGGAUGAAGACUGGAUUGUUUUUAUUUCUUUUUUUUUACUACUAGGAUUGUUUUAUAAAAUUGAUGAAUGUUAGAAAAAUGUUGGAACGAAAUUACUUGGCUUUAGCAAAAAUGUUUAAAGAAUUAUGUAAGAAUAUCAUGGUUAUGAGAAGUUGGCAAAAAUAAUAUUUAAGUUUUAAGUUUUAAGGUUCUUUAUAGUAAGAUAAGAUUAAAAUAGAUUAAGGUAAUGUAAUGACAGAAUAUUAUGAAAUAUGGAAAGGAUUUGCUGCGACAAUUAACAACUAGGAUACAAAAAAAGGGAGGAGGAGGAGGUCAAAGAAAGAAGGUAAUGACAGUUGAGGAUAUGAGAAUGAUGAAUUUGUUUUUGAGUGUUUGUGGUGUAUUUUUGUUUUUUGAAUUUGUAUUGUUUGAUGUGGAUUGUUUUUGCUUUGUUUUUUCUUUAUUUUUUCUGUUUUGUUCUUUUUUGUAAUUCUAAAAAUUUUCAAUAAAUAUCAUUUAAAAAAAAAAAUAAACAUUACCCCAAAUUUGUGGAUGUGAAUCGGUUCCAAAUCAGGUGGACAGAUGUAGGAAUUCUGUAAGCCAAAUUUUCUCCCCAUCCUUAUGUUAACAUGUGAACCUAUUUAAUAUGUACUUUCCAAAGCAAUGCAUAAACUGAAAAUUAGCUAUCCCUACAUAGUUCUCCAUACUUUGCAGUACAGUUCUCCAGCCAAGCCAUGUAUACAAAAACAUAUAUACUGGAGUAAGUGAGCAUACAAAUACAUACACUGUAUUAGUGAAAAUAAUAUAUAUAAUGCAUUAUAUUAGGGGAAAUUGCUUACAAAAAUGUGUAUAUUAGGAGAAAUUUGCACUAAAAUUCUGCUGAAUUUUCAAAUUGCAAACUGACGUGGAAAUGUGACGAACUGAAAAACAGAAAACCGAGAAACUGAGAGAAACAAAAACUGACAUUCACCCAUCCUUGUGUGCAGGAAAACCAGAACUGAGGCCUUCAGGAAUCCCAUAGAAAUCAGUGGUGCUUAAGCAUGCCUAAGUCUGUGUUGGAUUGCAGCCUGUGUAUUCUAGGAAGAGCUCAAUUUCCUUAUACUGUAUAAUGUGUGCUGUACUGUAUUAUAAUUUCUUCUUCUUUUUACUAUUCAGAUAGGUUUCACAAAUAUAAGUCAUAUGUUAACCCCAAGAGGCAGAGUCUAUGCGGAGCUCACAGUCUCUCAUCUAAAGCCAGGGGAAUUUUUGUUAAUUACUGGUUCUGGGUCAGAGCUUCAUGACUUGAGGUCAGUGUACAUUGUAACUACUGAAGUUUAAAAAGCCAUUUGUGAUUAUGGAAAUGGGGAAGGAGCUGCAGUUCAGGAAAGUUGCAAGAGCCAGAGAACAUAGGAACAGAUUAAGUUGCCUUGGACUGAACCAGACUAUUGGUCCAUCUAGCUCCCUAAUGUCUACACUGAGUGGCAUUGUUUCAAGCAGGGAGUCUUUUCCAUCCCUACCUUGACAUGCCAGAGAUUGAGCCUGGGACAGAUGCUUCACCCUUGAGCUCUGGCCUUUAUGCGUCCUGGGAUCUUCUGAAUCAGAGAUAACAUUGUAAAUAGCUCAGAGUACAUCGUAAAAAUACUGAGAUUAUGAAUCUUCUCUUCAGAAGAGAGAAGAAGGUAUAAAUCAAAAGUAUUGUUCACCUCUCGCUGAGAGUGCUUAGCCUAUUUAUCCUGGUAAAACAAAGGCUUCAACAGGCUAUGAUUGCACACUGCAAAUAGUGUAGAGGACAUAUACUAGCAAGGCGGGUAUUUAUUUGGGUAGAAAUGACUAAUGGUCCCAACUAAUUUCUGUUGGCUGCUCCUUGAUAAAAAACUAAAUGGAGCUCAAAAAGAGGUUUAUAAAUAUUUGUAGUGAUGAAUGUUGUGAUAGCCUCAGAAAAGCUGUGGGAAUUGGUUGUAUUGGUGGAUGAUAUUAUUAUUCAGUUGGGUAUCUCAUGCAUUAAAAAAAUAUAUAUCUGGAAUCUGAAUAUGGGACAGUAGGGAGUGGGGUGAGCUUGUCUCAGAGGUACAAGAGAUGCUCUUCAAGACUUGGGUUUACCUGAUAGUUAUAGUUGUCAACCUAGUUAUUUUAUGCAUUUUAAUGUUUGGAUUAAUAAAAUGUUGCCUUUUAUUUUCAGAUGGAUUGAAGAGGAGGCAUCUACAGGACAGUUUAACGUUGAGAUCAGAAAUGUCACAGAAGAAAUUGGAGUAUUGGGUGUAGCUGGUCCAUAUGCACGAAAAGUCCUCCAGAAGUUGACAACAGAGGAUCUCAGUGAUGCAGCAUUUAGUUUUCUACAAUCCAGACAUUUAAACAUUGCGGAUAUUCCUGUUACUGCAAUUAGAAUAUCCUAUACAGGUAAGGCAGGAGGGGGAGGGAUUUUUGUUCUUAUAAGCAAAACAUUUGGUUUCUAUACAAGGCAGCAGUGCUUGCAAGUAAUACCACUUUUACUUGCAGAGAUGGGUCAUUUAAUGUCUUUAAAUAAGCAUGGUCAUAAUUUAAUUUUAGACUUGAUUAAGAUGUCUACCUUUGGUUUGUAAUAGGUGAACUGGGUUGGGAGUUGUACCACAGGCGAGAAGACUCUGCACCUUUAUACUCUGCUAUCAUGGAAGCAGGCCGUGAAGAAGGAAUUGACAACUUUGGAACAUAUGUGAUGAAUACGUUAAGGCUAGAAAAGGCUUUUCGCGCAUGGGGAGCAGAGGUUUGAAUAUAAUUCUUUCUUUUUUGUUCUUUCUUUGGUGUUAUUUGUGUAUUGGUCACAGGUAAUCAUAUUUAACUAUUCUGCUUCUUCAAGGCCUGAUAAGAGUAAAAUAAGAAACAGCUACUAUUAUGAUUUACACCUUCUAUUUUUCAUGAGGGCAAACUGUUAGUAUUCUCAAUUACAUUUGUGGCACCAAAGCCUCCUUUUUCAUUCACUGAUGUCCCCCCCCCAUAUUAAAAAGUCUGUUCAAUUAAGAGAUCACAGUAGUAUGUUUGGGUGGAAUUCUUAUUUAGAGCAUACUCUGAUAAUUAAACUCUGUGCCGUUUCAGUCUAAAGUGUUUUCAGCUCCUAAGGGGCUUUGAAAUUGUGCCCAGAUCCUUACACCCAUUUUAGCAGGUUACUCAGAAAAGAGCUAAGGGUUUGUCUUCAGAGAAAACAGCAUGCACUGUGGAGUCAAUGAGACCUACAUUUAGGUAGCUGUAUCCGGGAUGCAAACCUCUAUUCUGAAGCAUUUCUAAUUCAUUCCUCUGCUGUAUGAGGAAUUUAUAAAAACCUUCUCAUUUAUCUCAAGGCAUUUCUGUUCCAGCAGUCAAAAUGUGCACUGACUGCAAUUUCACCUUUGUACGACACACUUUAGAUAUAUAUCCUAUCAUCACAGAGAAUAUGAGGAAUAGCUAUCCUGUUUGCCCCAAUCCUUCUCAUAAAAUGUUGGAUAUUAUGAAGUCCCUUCCAUUUUAGAGGAGGCUGAGCUCACACCUUCCAUAGAUUUAAACAAAAUAAAACUCAACAAGUGUUUUUAAAAUGUUAUUGAUAAAGUUGGAGAUAAUAUACCCUUGCUGCUACUUCCCCCUUAAUACAUGAACACUUGUAUGGUGGAUGUGCGUAGCAGAGGAUGAACAGGAAAAGCAAAGAAAGAACCAUGUGACAUGCUCCUGUUCAGUAUUUUGCUUGCUUCUCUUCUAGUUCCUCCAUUCAGUUCCCAUUCCUACCUAGUCAGGAUUCCACAUCAAUUGAGGCUGCUCAUGCUACAUUGGACUGCUUCUUGCUUGCUUGCUUAUUUAUUUAUUUAUUUAUUUAUUUAUUUAUUUUUCCGCUUGCACUUCAGGGUAUUUUCCUAAAGAUGUUUUGCAUUUUCUGAAUUGGGAUAAGCCAGCUUCUUAUUUCCCUAACAUUUCUCGGCAAAAAGAUGCUGAUAUUAAUAUGACACCAGCUCUUUCAAAAUGCUGUGACCGUAAUUCAGUAGGUAGUGAUGCAUGCGUAUAUAAUUCUCUCCUUCUUUGGAGGUUUUUAUGCAGAGGUUGGAUGACCAUCUGUCUUGGAUGCUUUAGUUGAGAUUCCUGCAUUGCAGGGGGUUGGACUAGAUGACUCUUGCUGUCCCUUUCCGGGUCUGCAAUUGUAUGAUUCCACAUGCACAAAAACUGCUGUGGAUAUGGAAUUCUCUGGUUUCACCUGGAGAGCAGAGAUAGUCAACAUAGCGCACUCCAGAUGUUGAGAUUACAACUCUCACCAGCAUGGCCUAUGGUCAGGGGUGAUUGAAGUUGUAAUAUAACCACAUCUGGAGGACACCACAUUGACUACACCUGGUCUAGAGAGCAUCCCAAUGCAAUUGUUACUUCAACAAUCCCACAGAAUUCCACCCUACUGUCUUACCUGUUGAAAAUGAGAAGAACAACUGAGGCAUCAGAUAGCUGUUCACUGUGGGAUGAGGGAUAGUGAGGUAGAUUUGCAAGUAAAUCAUAAUUGCAUCUUCCUUGGUUAGUUCUCAGUGGAGUAAAGGCUUUUUUGCAGGAUGUCUCAUUUCUUAUUGUCUUCUUAACUGUAGAUAUUGAAGAAAUAUAUACUUGCAUUUUUUUAUUGAAGAUACAAAUGUCACUAAGAAUUACAAUCCUUUAACAAAAGAGAUGUUACUUGUUGUUCAUAAAGAAAUAAAUGGAAAACAGUAUGAGAAAGUGAAAAGACGUGAAGGAAAUAUGCCAUCUAGUGAUUAAAUCGCUUAUUGCAUAUUUUUUUAACAGAUGAAUUGUGACACCAAUCCUCUGGAAGCCGGACUGAAAUAUUUUAUAAAAUUAAAUAAGGUAGGUCUGAAACAUUUUUAGAGAUAUAUAUUUAUGAAAUUAUUCCUGGGUUUGCAAAUAUUAUAUAUAAACUCUUCAAAACAGAUAUUGAUAAAUUUCUGCAGCACUGUUCCACGUUGUAUGCUGGAGGAAUGGUUUCAAAUAAUGUUGCUUUGAUAGGUAGAUUGGUCCCACGAAUUAACUACAUCUGCCAAAGAAUGUGAAAAUCAGAACUAGUUCCUUGUGCAUCUCUUUAUCUGAAAUGAAUUUUGUUCUGGUGUCGAAUUUUGGAUGCUGACUGAUUCAUUUAAUUGCUACUGCAAAACCAUUUAUAUUUCCUACAAUCCAACUGGACAGCUGUAAGUGUGGUGGCAAAUUCAGUAUGUGAGAUUUUACAGAUGGUCUGGGUCUGGUCAGUGCUUGGGACGACAUGGGGACCCUAUGUAUAUCACCCUUAGUUCAUUUAAAAAGAGGGGAAUAUAAAGUAUAAGAAAUGUCCAGCUGCGGAUAUUUAUCUCCAGCAUUUAGAGAAAUAAAUUUGCUGCAAAAUACAGUGAGCCUUUUGAAAGCAUGAAUGGAGGUAAGAAGUUUACACAAGCCUAAACUAUUAACCUGCUUCAAUGGAAGAAAUAAAUUUGGAGAUAAAGUCUUGAUUGUGACUCCUUAAAAAAAGAAUAUGCCAGGGUGAAACAGUUCAGGAUAGGAAGUCUGUCAAAUAUUAGUUGCCUCUAGGGGCAAAAAAGACUUUUAUGUGUUUACAUGUCAAGGGAAUUUAAUUUGGAAGGCUGUCCUGGAAUUAUUCAGGAAUGGCCAAUGAAGAAUAAUUAAUUUCAAAAUAUUGCACAGGCCUGGCUCUUGUGUGCUGUAAGGUGAUGGUUAAAGCAGAUUGCAGCAGAUGUUGGUGCUCUCUUACUCAGCUGAGUAGGUUUGUGUAUAUAAUUUGGAUCCAUUCCAGGAUUCAUAAGAGAUUUACCCAAUAAAUUGUGCCAUUAAAAGGUGUUUGCAUGUCUUAUUGACAGAUUGAAUUAUAAUAUUUUAGUUCCAAGGGACCCCAAACAUCAUUGUCCUUAAUUAACUCCUUUUAUUUUUCUGACUGGAUAAAAAAACAAACUCACAAUUUGGGAGUUUCUAUCUACACUCUACACAUCUGCAUACUUCGCUUAAAAAUAAUAGCAAUUGCUACUAGAAUGUUUCCUAUAAACGAAUACAGCGUAUAGGAGAAUAUACCAUGUUACACUGUAGGAGGCACCUGCUUUAACAAUUUGAUCCACAAAUACUCAGAUGAAUCUCUUCAGAUAUGAUAUAGAGUAAAAGCAAAUGACAGACUAAUACUCCUACUAAGCAGCCCCACUUCCUUGCCUCAGAGGAUCAGAAUGAGCUCUGUUACACAGUAGGUAGAGGCCAAAGAUCAGUACCAAGGAAGUACAAGGAUGAGGGAAGGAAAUGCCACCUGAAAAGAAUCAUGGCACCAUAGGGAUACUAUCUUUCUGUUCCUGAUACCACACUUGAAUGAAAGUUUAAUUGAGCAAAUCUUUUGUAAGUCACUUUGAAAGCUUCUCAGGUCUGUAAAGCGGGCUAGAAAUAGUUUAAAUAAAUAAUUUUUUAAAAAAGAAUUUGGGAAUCAGAACCUUUUAUACAAUUUGCUCAUAAAAGAAACCUUAGACAUAAAUGGAAGGACAGUACAGUGGUACCUCUGGUUAAGUACUUACGUCAUUCGUUCUGGAGGUCUGUUCUUAACCUGAAGCACCACUUUAGCUAAUGGGGCCUCCUGCUGCCGCUGCGCCACCACUGCACGAUUUCUGUUCUCAUCCUGAAGCAAAAUUCUUAACCCGAGGUACUAUUACUGGGUUAGAUACCUGAAUCGUAUGUAACCUGAAGCAUAUGUAACCUGAGGUACCACUGUACUUUGAUUGGAGUCUUCGUAUUCUGCCAUAUAUGCUCACACUAGAAAGUCAGGCUGGUUUGAUUGCUAUUCCAUUUUGACAAUAGACAUUUUUGGGACUUUAAAACACCACAAAACCUUGGAAUGUACUUUCCUAGCCAAUUAAGCCUUAUGUGAAGAAUUGCAACAGUGCAACUGUAUCCCAUGCUUGUUUACUCAGAAGGGAGUCUCACUGACUUCAAAUGUUUGUGGGACUAUAACCUUAGUCUUCAUUACUUUUUUUUUGUCAAAGUAUAAAUUAUUUUGAGGCUUUUCAUAUCUUUGAUUUUUAAAAGUGCAGUAGUUAUUACAGGUAAGCAACCAUAUACAGCAGUUUUGCUGCAGCAGCAGUAGUCGUGAGAGGUAUUUUCAAUUCUAUCACUGCUUUGGUGUCGCUGGUUUUCAGAAACAACAGCCUGAUGGCUGAAUGUAGACAAAGAAAAUCCAGGAAACAACUUCAUUUUGAUGGAGGGCUGCUGACUGAGGUGGUCAUGGUAAUGUAGGGGUAAAAGUGGCUAUGUCAGAAUUCCACAUCUAUGGAAUGGCUGAGGGAGGUCUGCAUUGCCCAUGGGGUUUUGUGUCUAAUAUAGAAGUAUGGGUGUGUUACUGUUUUGAUUAAGGAAUCAAAAUGUCAGUAACUAGACCUGCUAAAAAGUGGGUUGUUGUUUUUAGAGGACCACUUCCUUGAUCAGAAAAUUCAUUUUCACUGAUGGAAGUUAUAUGAAGAUUAAUUACAUCAGUCUCUGUGUUUCUGACAUUAAUAUUUAUCAACUGGCAUUUUUCUGGUGUUUUCAUUUUUUAAAAAAUUCUGAUUGGAAUAACUUUCCACCCAUGGUGAAAGCCAAAGAUGCAGUGACUUUUGGAGACUAUUUGGAUACUUUUGUGGUGCAUAUCAUGAAGAAUUUCAGGGAAACUUUCUUGACUGCUGCAAAGACCCAUCAAUCAAAAACCUUAUGGUAAAGUGUCAAAUUGGGAAAGGAAGGAAAUAAGAGUUGACAUUAGCAGCAGGGACAGCAUAUUGCCUGUGCAAUGGAGAACAUUAAUCAAAUCCAAGGAAAACAAGGCCUCACUUGUUCUGUUCCUCAGAAGAAAACUGGUGCAGCAAGCAAAACGUAGUGACACAGACAGGCAGUGGUGAUCAUGAUGGUUAUGAUGCUUCAUCUGUUGGAAGAAACACAAACUACCUCAACUCUACUCAUAUGAUUGUGCAUCUGUCUGAGGCAGGGUCAGGUGGACAUAAGAGUCACUGUCACAAGGAGCGAUAGAGAUGCUUUAUUGCUACUGAUGGCCUUCUAACCUCAUCUCAACAGUUAGCUAUGGAUGAAAGCAGUCAUGUCAAAUUAUAUGAAUUAUAUGUUGCCAAGCACAAAGUGGAAUGGCAUGAUUAAGGAAGAGAUGGACAGCUGGGCUUUCAUGCCACCUUUCAUGCCACCUUGGGGCAUGAUACCACAAGCUAGCUUCCAAGACUGAAAGACCUGUUAAAAGUCUACAUCUCCUGUCUCAUACAUACCUGAUGUCCACCUGAUUUGAAGUGUCUUACACACCUGAUGUAUGAACCUACCAGGAAGACACAUUCAAUUCAUAUUCUGUUCAUUUGCUCCAUUCAGAAAGGGCCCACCACCAAGCCUUAAUUUUAUAAAAUGCUAUUGUGGCAAACUCAGUUUUCCAAGUCCCACAGAAAGUGGUUGACACAUUGAGCAAAGUAUGCCUUCUCUACAGAUGACAAAAGCCAUUUAGCUGAGUGAUUGGACAUUACAACCUGUGGGUGUACAAGUGGACAUCAGUUUGCUUAUGUGCAAAUUUGUGAAAGUGAACUGGAAAUCAGCAUGCAAGUGUGUGGAUUGGUGCCAAAAUCCAUACAGUUACAACCAUGACAGUGAUUUAUGUGUGUAUUGAAGGUGUCUUGUUAUUUUGAAAUGUUGUAUUGUUUACUUAAGGAUUAGAUUUUAGUCCAAAAAAAGAUUUCAGCCAAAAUAGGUUGUCUAUAUAAUUUGCUGCUUUUGGCUCCAUUACUGUUUAGGUAGCCUUUUAUGGCAUAGAGCAGGGGUGUGGAGUUUUAUCAGCUUGAGGGUCACAUUUUUUCGUGGGAAGCAUACCAGGGAGGGACCACAGGCCAGUGCUCAGUGUUGCCAGAAUCAAAAGGUUAUGUAGGCCCCAUUCUAGCCGCACAAAAGUCAGAGAGGGGUAUCAUACUAGCCAACUUUUCAAGCACCAAACUAGAAUGUGUGUCUUCUGGGAUGUAGUCCCAGUCAUCAAGAUCUUGUGCAAAAAACCUGGGAUGUCCUGUUUUUCCAGGGCACUUGGGAGGUAUGGUGUGUUAUGUAUGUGCGUGUACCUACACAUAAGUAAGCCAGAGGUCUUUAUCCCACAAAGAGUAUUUAUAAUGGCCACAACUCUUGUUGGGUACAGCUUCACAGAGACAAGUGGUCCUAUUUUUGACAACUCAUGAGUUGCAAUGAUGCUUGGCUCAGCCCAGGCUGCUGAGUCUUCAGAAGUCAGGAAGCAGCUAAAGGUGACCACUGUGUUUAGGUGGCUACUGCCCGGCCAUCAUUAGGGCACAAUUCUGUCACCGCCCUUGAGAUGGAAUGGCUCAUACCUGCAGGAGCCCACUGCAACUCCUUCACUUUUAAGGAUCCUACCUAAGCACCCUUUGAUAGAUACGUCAAAGUUGUGAAAACAGAAAGCAACAAACCCUCCCAUGCAGGGGCAACAAGAAUAUAUACCCCACAGGGUUGCAAAAACUCUAUGAUCAGUUCUGCCAGUCCUGGGCCCAGGUAAGUUUUCUUCCUAAUCCCAUCAACCAGCAGCUAACACUGGGUCCAGAGAAAUCUUGCACUAAUUUACUUCAACCUAUGUUACAUAAUGUUAUAGCAAAGAGAGUAGGUAGGGAUGGGCAGGCUAGGAAAAUGCUAGCUGGAUCCUCAAGAGGGAGAUUGCUCGCCAUUUAAAAAAAAUUUCAGUCGAAUCUGAGAAAGAUGGCUAGGAGGAGUUGCAUACGUGGCAUGUUUUCUGCGACACCCCUACCCCCCCCCCAGCACAUGGGCACAAGGGAAGGCUCCCUGUGCAAUUGGAAAGCCAGCCUUUAUCAUACAUGAGCUGUACUGAAAGUAAUGGGAGAUGAGCACAAGUACUCUUCUAGUACUGUUUGUCCCUUGUGCAAGAGAAGCUCCUGCAGGAUUGCAAUUUUGUACAGUACUUGUUUCUUUGCUCCACUUUUAUCACCCUUUGUUGAAUUCAUGUGUGAAGAUUCUCUCCGCUGAUACUGCACACAUAGACUGAACUACAGUACACUAACACAUUUUCCUUCUGGAAAUAACAUGACAUAUGAAUCAUUUCCCUAUGUUGGGAUUUUAGUUCCUCAUGCAUGAUUUUAAAGUGAAUGAAGGAGGUUGGGGUAUAGAUACAGUGAACAUUAUUUUAAGUCUAAGUUGUAUAGUUUCAUUUGCUAUAGUCUGCUUUUUUCUGGGGGUACACAGGGGUAUGCAUACCCCUAAACAUUUUGUGAAUCUUUGUACCUUUGUCCAUUUACUGUAUUUAUUUUUCUGGAUUUGAACUAUAAAAUGGUUAUUUCUUGAGUCAAAAUGAGGGUACCCAUAAAGAUUUUUUAAAGAAAAAAGCACUGGCUACAGUGGUAAAAACUAUUACAAAACAAUUUUGGAAGAUUAUCCUACCAUGCAGUAUAGCAAAAAUCCAGAACCUCCACAGUGGAAUGUGAAAACAUAAAGAAGUUCAGUAAAAGAAAUACAGAGAAAGUAUAUUAAUUAAAGCUAUGCUUUUCCUUUACUGUCAAUAGGAAAGGAAAUAUUCUAAAAGCUCUUUUUUUGUAUUGUAAUAUAAAUAUGCUUCUUUGUCUUCACUAAACAACUAUUUCAGAAAAAAAUACAGCACAUAAACUAAAAUGUUUUCUUGAUCAUUGAUUUAGCUGCUGAAUAAUACCUGGUAAAUGUGGUUUGAACCAUCCUUUUCUUUCUUAGAACUAAAUAUAACACACAUGAAUUUUUCUCUCACAAAUUAAUUUGUGAGGGCUUUUUUUUAAAAUGCUAAGGCAAAUCAAAAUUUCUCUAGCUGUUGCCCUGUUUAUAUAUUCACAGGAGUUAACUACCUUCUAUGCAAUUAAUCUCGAAGUGACCCAUUAAAGCAAUUCACAUCUGUUACCAGGUCAUACUCAAGGCUCCAAUUAUGACUGCUGCAUUAACCUUCAUGCAAACUGUGUUUUCCAUUUAUAAAUGAUGGAUUUAUGGGAGUCAAGUGAAUAAUGUUGAAGAGUAAGCAUGGGGGAGCUUGGAAGUAUUCAAAUGCAUGGGCUUCUUUUAAGGACAGUUUCACUAGAACAUGGAGAAGCUAUGCACAGAACUACUGGCUGCAAAUAAGAAACGCCAAGAGCCAUCAAAUGUAAAUUGUCAGAUUCUCAUCUAUGAUUUCCGCCCUGCCCCCCCCUUUCCAUUGUAUCUCCUGGAAAUAACUGGAGUCAACCAAAAGCAAUAGUGCACUCAGUUUAUAUCAUCUGGUGUACUAUGGAUUACUGCUUUUAAUUGGCAAAGCCUGAUUGCCAUUUUCUAUAAGGGUAUGUCUGCACUGCUAUCUCUCUGGUGGCUCGUGUUUUGGUUUGCCCUUCAUUGUCUCUCAUCUUCUCUCUCCCUCUAUUAAUACAUUCAUGGUAUAUGGAGAGGACAGCAAUGGAAAAGGAGACACUAAGGACAAGAAAUAAAUUGUGCCUGUUCAAGCAGCAUGCUGCCCAUGCCUGCUCACAAGUGUGAGUAGGAGAAGUGGUACAUGGAUUGCAAUAGCAUAGUGUCCUGGUUUAAUUGCUAGCAAAUUAAUUAGCAAGUAGAAGGGCAACAUGUGUUUAAAACAUGGAUAAGGAAACUUUCUAGCCUGGCAGACCAGAUUGUUAUUUCCUCCACCCCUUGUGAACCAAGUUUGACAGGCCAGCAGAUCCUAUUUUGCUCCAAAAGGCAAAGACUUUCUCAAAACACUACAGUGGCACCUCGGGUUACAUACGCUUCAGGUUACAUACACUUCAGGUUACAGACUCCGCUAACCCAGAAAUAGUGCUUCAGGUUAAGAACUUUCUUCAGGAUGAGAACAGAAAUCGUGCUCCGGCGACGUGGCAGCAGCGGGAGGCCCCAUUAGCUAAAGUGGUGCUUCAGGUUAGGAACAGUUUCAGGUUAAGUACAGACCUCCGGAACGAAUUAAGUACUUAACCCGAGGUACCGCUGUAUUUGUGCAGUGCUUUGAGCUGUGCUUCUGAAGAUUUGACAGAUCAGCUGAUUGCCAGAUCUUCAGAAACCCCUUUUAGAACUUUAUUUUCUGCAGCCUUGGGGCUUUGCAGGUACUUGCAAACAACUGUUUUGACUGAGCCCUACCCUUACCUGCCCCACACCUGUAAAGUGGCCUUACAAGCCAAAUGGCUGGCUAAUUAGGUCUGCAGACCAGAGCCCCCCCCCCAAUAUUGUCUUCUGGGCUUGAGGGACGUUGCAGGAAAGUUCAGUACUGACUUUCUUGAGAGAGGUGGAGUCCUGUGGAGGAAGGCCACGUAGGAUUGUCCCGGCCACAUCAACUGUCUGCAGAAUUUUUCAGGAAAACCUGCGUACAUAUCCUGAGCCACUCCUGUGUGGUUUUGCUGCCUGCCAAAAACACAUAUUCCCUGUUUCCUUUUCUUAUAUUGAAGCUGGGCAGUGGCAAUAACAGCAGCAGAAGCAUAUUUUGAACUGAGAUUAGGAAGGCUUCCCACACACCACCUUCUAUGUUCUCUUUUGCCCUGUCACAACUACAGUAAUAGCAUGCCAGUUUGCAAGGAAUUACAGGCAAAAUUCUCCCCCACUCCCUCAUGUGCCCAGCACUGAGGUGAUGGAAAGAAGAGAAGGAAGAUUUCUGUAUUUAUAUUGCUUCUCUUGCCAGCUUCCAGCUUAAAGUGUUCUUGGAUGUGGUGGAUAUGGACAAGGAGUAUUUAAACCAAACCUGAGUAGAGUGUUGGGAGUUGUAAAGCUCACUUUUCAUAUUGAGGCCAGCUUUAAAAGCCCCUGAAGUUCAUUUUCAAGACAUAUAUCUCUAUCUGUUUGUUUGUUUUAGACAGAACAUUCCAAAGUGAAUUUAGUAAGCAUUGCUCUUGCUCUAGUUUGGCUUCAGAGGUCAUCACAUAGACAAAUUGCAUCAUCCAGAAACUAAAUUGGAGUAAGUGCUCCCCGAUUAAUUCUAGCAUCUAGUACCAGAAGGAAACAUAUUUACCAUCACCACUGAAAACCAUCAAAAAGCAACAACAAAAAGGCAAAGAGGGAUUUUUCCCUUACCCGCCUCCUGAAAGCCUAGCAAGCUGAAAAAGGCUGCCUGACAGAUUUUAGUUCAGGCCUUCUGUCAGGCUUCAGCAGGGGGCUGCUCUUAACAGGUGCCAACCUGAACGUGGGCAGGCAUGGUUCAUACCAGAAAGGUUAAGGCCAGGGCAAGCAUAUGAAGCUAUGAGGAACCAGAAACAGGAAAGACUCAGAGGCAAGGGCAGAAUCUAAACAAGUGUGACUGAAGGUUGAUUCCAGAGGAGUAAUGAAAAGUUGAUUUGGCUCUGCUGCUGCUACUGAUAGCAGACACAGGGGCCAAGCUUGAAGCUUGAGGCCAGGGCUGGAUAGGCUACUGCAGCCAAUGUAGCACCCUUGUAGUUCUGUAUACACACAGUAUUCUAUUCUAGAAUGAGUUGAAAUUCUUUGUUUUCUCUUCAUACACACACUAUCUAGAUCUGUUGCAUAUUUUGCCCCUGAAAAGCGCUUCUUGAGAAACUGGUUUCAUUCUGAAAAUAAAAGCUUAUUGCAGAUUGAUUCUGUAUUACCCUAAGUAAUAUGUAGACGGUCCCAGCAAUUGGGGGGGGGGUAUCCAUACCUGACCAAUGAAGUUGUGGACAGGUGUAUACCAAAAGCAAAAUCACAACUUCCUUCUCCUGGGGAAUGUGCAGAGAGAAAACGGCGUGCCUAACCUAAGCAAGGUGAUGGUUUUGAAACGCAUAUCAACUCCACCCACCCUAAGUAGAUGGCAGGAUCUAGAAUCAAUCUUGAUUGAAAUCAGCAUGUUGAAGACAAACAUGAAUGGUUCUGGAUUUUGUGCUGCCAGUGGGUUAAUGUGCACACAACCUCAGACUUUUGGUCUAGUUGUCAGUAGUUCAUACACGCAUGCAAGAGUCUUUCCCACAACUGUUACCUCAUGUCUUUUUAACUUGAGAGAGAUACCUCAGGCAAAGCCUGGGGUUUUCUGCAUGCAAAAGUAUAUUUGCACAUAGCAUGAGCUACCCCAAUAGCUUUGGAAUGCACAAAGUAGUUUACCAGAUAAAUGUCUGCUGUUGCUAUCUUUUGUGGGAUCAGGAGGCAGGGGAAAGGGAUGUGGGCUUUCUUGCAAUAAUGUUCUAUAAAUGUCUCUGCUGUUACUUCCCUAUGUAAGUAGCCAAGAGGAAACUCUUUUCAGUAUAAUAUUUUUAAAGGUAUAUAAUCUGAAUGUAUAGCGCUUAAAGGUUACAAAUGUAGACAAAUAUGAGGUAAAAUAACUGAACAUACCCACAUUCUGAGCAAGAUGAAAUAACAUUCAAGAAGCGCAAUGGUUUAAUUUAAUUUGUACUUUUAUCUAAAGCUUAAUAAUGGAUGGAAAAACAAGUGAAGGCAAAUUUAAAUGCUUGCAUCCAUAACCCUGUCACAGAGCCUGACUAAUCAUUUAUCAUCAUUAUCUUUUUUUCCCAGCCAGCAGACUUCAUAGGAAAGCAAGCACUGAAGCAGAUUAAAGAAAAGGGGCUUGAACGGCAACUUGUGUAUCUCACCUUGGAAACGGAUAAUGUUGAUCCAGAGGGAAAUGAAAGUGUCUGGUAUAAUAACAAGGCAAGUAGCAUAGAUUUUGUUUCAAAAAACUGAAGCAAAGUUUUUUAGAACAUAUUGUGCUCCCAUCCAUAUUUCAAAAUGAACAAAAGAUAGUUUGCACACAGUUUAAAAAGGGUUGCAAACACCAGCAUAUGUUUGCGCAAGGAAAUACGCACAUGUGCAAUGAUAUACGUUUUUAUUUUUUGCUAUAACAGAUUAAAAAAUGCCACCCCUUUGCAGUUUCUACCAGUGGCAGUUCUCACAGUCCUCUGCUGGGCUUCUCACAACAAAAGGAAUUUGUUACUGGGCCAGGUUCAAGGUUCUUGUGUUAAUUCUCAGAGCUCUAAGCACCUUGGACCCAAAGAUUAUGUAAAGAAGAAGAGGAAGAAGAGUUUGGAUUUGAUAUCCCACUUUAUCACUACCCUAAGAAGUCUCAAAGCGGCUAACCUUCUCCUUUUCCCUUCCUCCCCCACAACAAACACUCUGUGAGGUGAGUGGGGCUGAGAGACUUCAAAGAAGUGUGACUGGCCGAAGGUCACCCAGCAGCUGCAUGUGGAGGAGCGAGGAAGUGAACCUGAUUCACUAGAUUACGAGUCCACCACUCUUAACCACUACACUACACUGGCUCUCUAAAGUAAAGGACUGAUGAGGACUGUCCUGAUGUACUCUGUGCUUCCCCCCCUACUUUGAAACAGAAUCAAGACCCCAGUCCACCCAGCUUUCAGGCAGACAAGAUAAGACAGCCUGCUGAAAUUGGAUACAGCUUAUAAUUCAGGAGGGAGAGAGAGAGGCUGGGAGGAAACAGGAAAGCAGGGGAAAAACGCAUCCUGACCUAAGUUGCUCACAAUAGCAGCACUACCUUCAUACAAAUGUAUGGUAAAAAAAUUAAGAAGUGGGUCCUCAGUUGCAUUUUUGGGUUAAAGGAGGGUUCCAGGUCCAAAAAUGUUGAAGACCUGUGUUCACACAAAGAUUGUGCCACCUUCAGGUGUCAAAUUUCCAAAGAGAAUGAAUACUUUGAGAUGCAUUCAGAUCAAUGGACUUUAAUAACUCAAGUGGUUUCAGUGGGUCUACUCUGAGUAUGAUUUAAUAUCUCUCAGAAAUUAGAAAUGGAAAAUUUAUUACAAUAUUGAGUCACUUUUUAGAUCCAUCUGCAUGUGUCCAUAUCAACAGCUUUCAUUUAUAUAAAUGAAAGUUAUUUCUUUAGAGUGGGGAAUAUUCUAAAAACUGUAUUUAUUACCUGAGGAAUGUGAUAUAUUUUUAUGCUUCAGUGUAAGUUUGUAGGGUAGGUUUGUAUGCAGCAGUCGAGCUAUGUUGCUACUCAAGAACAGGUGAUGCAUGUGCAAUAUCUUUUUCCAGGGCACAAAUUGUUCUCUAUGUUGAGAUGCUCCCAGCCUUUUUUUUUUUUUUGUUAAAGCAGACAAGAUAACUAUGUAACGUGCAGUCAUGUGUUUGAUUUUCUAACAUACUGACUGUUUUAUUGAAUAAUACAACCUACAUCAAUUGUGUAGGCUUCCAUGCACUAAAACCUUUGUGAUAUUUGGGUAAUUUUUCAGGUUAUUGGCAACACCACAUCUGGAUGUUACAGCUACAGCACUCAGCAGAGUCUGGCUUUUGCAUAUGUCCCUGUGGAACUCAGUAAAGUUGGACAGAAACUGGAAGUUGAACUACUAGGCAAAAAUUAUCAAGCAACUAUUAUCCAGGAACCAUUGGUUAUGACUGAGCCAACAAGAACACGGCUUCAGAAGAAGGGUGGAAGUGCUAAAAUAUAAACAGGCAGGCGUUUAAUUCCUCAAUAUUAAGAGUCAAUACUUGAUUAGCAUAUUUCAUUUGAGUUGAAUGCAAAUUACACAUGAAAUAUGCAACAAAAUAAUACUUUAUGUUUACUAAUCAUUAAGAAUAAGGAACAAUUUAAGAAACCACUGUUACUUAUGCACAUUAGUUCUUGCAAAUAAUGUACACCAAGUCAGUAAAUAGCAGCAGCAACAGUCUUGAGUAUGUUGUAAAAAAACGGGAUUGUUGCAGUAUGAUUGAGCAAGUGGCAGGAGUCCUGGGCUACAGAGCAUGUGGCAAAUCUUUGUAGAAAUGAUGGUCUGAUCACAAAGGAGAACAAAAUACUGAGGUUAUAAGCCCAUGAAUUGAUGGGAAUUUGAAAGCAGUGAAAGCCUCUUACCUAGGUUGGCGCAGUGGUGAAAUAAGUUCCAUAUCUGAAGCAAGGGUCUAGGUAACCAAACAGAAAUUUACUUAGAAGACAGUUUUACCUCCCAAUGAUUUUUGAACUUGCAUUGCAUAUAAGGAUGGGGGAGAAAUUCAAUUCAGUUUGUAUUUAAAGGUGAACUUAUCUCAUUUGCACUUUCUGAAACACUGCACAAACCAAAAGAUAGCUAUUCUUUGAAAUUCAUAAUUCUCCAAUUUUGGGGGCAUUUUUCCCCAACCAAAUCAUGUGUACAAAAAUGCAUAUACUAAGGUUAAGUAUGCAUAAAAAUGCAUAUAUCUGUGAGAAUAACAUACAAAAAUGCAUUAUAUAUGGGGAAAUUGCUUUGCCAAAUUGUGCAUACUGUAUUAGGCAAAAUUGCAUACACAUAUGUAUACAUUAGGAGAAAUUCACAGUAAAUUACUGUCAAAUCUUCUAGGGGACGUAUGAAAAAUGGUGAAUUGAUGUGGAAGUCAUAGAGGUAAAUUUAAAAUAGGGAGGGGGAUGAGAAACAGUGAAACUGAAAUUGACAGAUUCCUCCAUCCCUAUUUGCAAAACAGCUACUUGGUUCACACCAUUUGGGCUAUUUUUUAAAAAAAGGAAAUUGGGAAAGUGAAUUGGAGAUAAAACCAAUGAUACCACAGGGGUCUAGAUUCCUAGGUACUCUAGUUGGUGAUCAGAAAAUAGGGAAUCUCUCUCUCUCUGUGUGUGUUUCUGUGUUUCUUUGAACACCUGUACAACACAAAUCUCUCAUUUGAAACUUCAUGGCUGGUGGGCUAGCCCUUCCAGAAAAAUCUGUCUGCCUUGGUUGAAUAGCCUGUGCUGGAUACCAAAUCCAUAAAACAUUGAUUAAUUUCAUACUUAGACCAUAAUUUUCCCUUUUCAUAAGCCUAAUGCUAACUUUUAAAACAAUUUUGUGUCCCUGCUCACACUAUUCAACACUAAAUUUUCAUUGUCCUAUUUAAAGGUCACUUAAACAAAAAUUGCUCAAAAGUGCAGAAUCUUCCACAGAAACUGAUACAUCUAAGUCCUUCAGUAAAGAAGCUGAAGCAUAAAUAAGACAUGCCAGUAGAAACACAGUUUGAAUAAUGAGCACCUAUUAUUGCCAAUGAUUUAAUGCAAGCUGACAUUACAUUGUACAGAUCUGAGUAUCUGUUUACAAAGCAGGUCGCAAUAAAAUAUAGAAGCUGACAGGAUUGCCCAUAGUGCUAGCUGGAGUGAGAGAGAAAAAUCCUUUUCAAAAUUAUUCUCUUAUACUUUAUAUUAUUUGGCCUAUUUUCUUCAACCAUGACAGGAUCUGAUUUUAUUUUUUUAAGAUGACAUUGUUUGUAAUCAAUCACUUUUUACAUCUUAGUUUGCCAAUACAUUCUUUUAGAUGUUAAAAAGGAUUAGAAUUAAGCAUAUUUUAUAUAGAAACAAAAAUAUAUAAACACAGGGCACAAUUUCUCUCCUGCCUCAUUACCUAUAGAACUCAUUUGUAAAACUGUGAACAAAGGGAAACUUUUAUCUCUUCACCUACCCCUUGCGGCUAGGUGCUUGUCCAGCCGUUAUGUGGAACGGAAAGUCCAUAGAUGGAUAGAUAGAUAGAUAGAUAGAUAGAUAGAUAGAUAGAUAAUCUCCCAUAGUGUAGUCAUCCCCAACCUGCUGCCUUCUAGAAUAUGGCCAUGUAGCCUGGGGUUUAUGGGACUUUUAGUGCAAAACAUCUGGAGGGCACAAUGUUGGAGAAGGUUGUCUUUACUACACCACGAGUGGGCUCCUUGCUCUUGGAGCAUGAGUAGCUUGCACACAGCACUUUGCAUAGAUGCUACUACGGGAGGUACGCAUGCACACCCUACCCCAGAUUUAAGCCUGUGCUUUGUGGAGUCCUUUACAGAUUAUUUAUUUAUUAUAUCUAUAACAUGCCAGGUGUCAGGGAAGAGUUAGAAGUUUCAGUUUCUCAGAGGGAGAAAGCAUUCGCCAAGGAGGGAAGGAGAGCAGUGAAUGUAACAGAAGAGAGCAAGAGAAACAACAGGGAGGGACUGGCUGUUCACAGGAAAGGCAAGGGUUACGUUCUAGCUCAGAUUCGGAGGAGGGGAGAUACAAGCCAGCUCUAGCCAGGAGGUUAGAAAAAAGAGCGGGAAAGCGAAGGGAAGGGCGCCUUCGCCAUUUUGAGGGUGGCUGGUCAUGGAGAAGCAGAGCUCAGAAGGUAUCUGAAAUAAGUGACUCUGAGGAAUAAUAGUUAAGAACCAUUUAUAAGAUUGUUUUGUUAAUACACAAUAAAAAGUUUUAUAAAAGAACAAGAAGCGUUUGUGUGGUGAUCUGAAGAGGACAACGACCAGUCCUGACACCAGGAUUGGCUCCCAAAGCAGUUUACAAUUAAAGCCUCUUAAAAGGGGACAAUAUAAUUAAGGAUAUGUUUGUGACUAGAAUAGAUCAGGCCUUUUAUAUUAAUUAUUUAUUGGUGUGAUUUCACUCGCUGAAUAAUCAUAAAAUGUAAGUUCAUACAUGUUUGCAAUUCCUGAUGAAUAUCAUAUAUUUUUGUUCCUUGCAUUAUUAAAAUUCAUAUACUUUUUCCUUUCAAAGCAAUAUAGUUUUUUAAAAGCCCUUGUUCAUGUUUUCAUGUCGCCAAUUUUGUAAGCAGAUGGAGAUUGUAAUUCAGUGGUUUUGUAGGAAAGGUAGCUCUAGCAGUUAUCCUUGAGAAAUUCUGUCAACAUGCCUAGAUUACUUAACUUGUUGCACACUAACUGACACAAGUUAAAGCAAGAAAAUGCAGAGAGACCUUACUUUUUUUUCCUUAACCGGUUUCCUAAAGUUUAAGUCAGGCAUAGGCAAACUCGGCCUCCAGAUGUUUUGGUACUACAACUCUCAUCAUCCCUAGCUAACAGGACCAGUGGUCAGGGAUGAUGGGAAUUGUAGUCUCAAAACAUCUGGAGGGCUGAGUUUGCCUAUGCCUGGUUUAAGUUUACAAAUAUUUCAGUAAGAAGAGUUACACUGGGCAGCACAGCUAACCCCACAAAUAAUUAUUUUUAUAUACUGUACAAUACAAUAAUAGCGCAGUCUCAUCAAAAUAGCCUCUGAUUAAUACACUAUCUACAGUAGUGUCAGAUCCCUAGCUGGCAGGUUCCCAGUCCAAUAGGCCUAGUGUAGUGAGGAGCAUACCAGAACAAGAUAGGAGAACAGCAAGCAAAUAUAAGGCCCCAGACUCCUAGAGCAUUCUACAGUAAAUACAAGUAGCUCAGACUGAAGAGCAAGACUGAUGACUAGAUGUUCUAAGAGUUGGUGGAGUUGGAUUGUCUUUAGAAUAAGCUAGGAUUGCCACCUAAAUGGUACUCUAGAAGUUCUUAACCUGAGUUACUACUUCCGGUUAGCGGAGUCUGUAACCCAAAGUGUUUGUAACCGAAGGUGUUUGUAACCAGAGGUAUCACUGUACGUCCUUUUUCUUACCUGAUUCGAAGCAGUCCUAUAUGGAGAAUGUUCUUGGCCUCCUGCUGGUUUUUUUUUCACUAGUAGAAGACUUCUAUCCUUGUUAUCCUUUUAAAACUCACAAAAAAUAAAAUCCCGUUGGUAACCCUCUGUGUCCACGUGGCCUGCUAAUGUAUACAGUGGUACCUGGGGUUAAGAACUUAAUUCGUUCCGGAGGUCUGUUCUUAACCUGAAACUGUUCUUAACCUGAAGCACCACUUUAGCUAAUGGGGCCUCCCGCUGCCGCCGUGCCACCGGAGCACGAUUUCUGUUCUCACCCUGAAGCAAAGUUCUUAAUCUGAGGUACUAUUUCUGGGUUAGCGGAGUCUGUAACCUGAAGCGUAUGUAACCUGAAGUGUAUGUAACCUGAGGUACCACUGUACAGUGAGACUUACAUUGUUAAGAAGGUUGCCUGAAGUAGCAUAGGAUAAAUCGGGUUCUGAUAAUUGGGCUGUGCUAUAACCGAUUGUUAAAUGAAAGAGAGGGAACAUAGGCAAGCAUACAAAUUAGCCGGAAUGUGAAGGGAAAAUACAUCUUGUCCUUGGUCUGGAGGAGGAGAGUGAAAACUGCUGCAGCUAACAGAUUUGCCCACAGAUCAGAUAAAAGUGCUGCUGCAGUUUGGCAGACUAUUGGGUGGGUGAUGGAGUCAACCCUGAAGAAAGUACCCCAGAGGGCACUUGGAGGCUGCCACCCCCUUUAAGUUUGUAUUGAUGAAUUUAUCAAUCUAGUAGAAGAAAAUGAGCAAUGCAUUAUUAGGUGGUAAUUGAAAUAAUAUUUUUUGCUUCCAAAAAGUUGCCUAUAAGCAAGUGACUGAAUCAGUAAAGAGUAAGGCAAGAAGGAAGUGGCUGUGUUGCUGUUUCUUUGGCCUUGUACUGAUGUGGGUGGAGGUAGGCGAAUGAUCUGGGUCUGAAGAUGUUUAAUGCUGCCAUAGAUUCUUUACAAACGAGAAAUUCACUUUGUGACAAGUGGUUGGUUGGAAAUAAAGCGUGUUAAGGUUGUGGUUGGUGGGAAUGGUUGAGAGUGAGAUUUGCAUGUGGGAGUGUGCUAUUUUUGGGAGAUGCUAUUGUGAAAGAAAGUUUAGGCACAGCUGCCUCCUUAGUUAUUUUGCUUAGCAAAUGAUGCUUUAAUAUGUGAAUUCUGAUUGUACUUUUGUCUUUGAUUUUUUACUUGUAAUGUUUACUGAUGUUGAUAUUUUGUUUCACUGUUAAUGGUGCUGCUUUAAAUGUGGAUCUUUAUUACAUUUUUGUGUAUGAUUGUUAUUUGCAAUGUUCUUUUCUAGUAUUUUGUAAUAUUUGUAUUUGAUGUUGUAUGAUGUGCUGUAAACUGCUUAGAGAUUUUGUUUCCCCAUGCGAUGUAAAACAGAAUAGAAAUAAUAAAGUAAGAUUCCUAUGCUUCUAAGCCAGCUUUAUAAAACCAGAUCCAUAUAAGACAAGCACCUGUUAGUUUAGUGUUUUCUACAAUAAUAAACCUUGUUAUUCUUCCAUUUCUGCUGUUCUCAACAUGGGUUCAAGCUGUCCGGAGCACACUUGUAAGAGUUCUUAAGUUACGGCUACCCUCCUUCACCCAUUUGCAGUCACUAGAUUUACCUAAGCCUGAAUUACAGGUUUUGCCUUUAACUGUCCUAGUAACCUUGGGCUCCCAGCCAACAGAUAAGAGUCAUGGUUUCCAGUAGGGCCUGUAAUCUUAACUCACUGCAGCUCAGCACAGUGCCUAAGGCAUGGGUAGGCAAACUAAGG